GUUCUGUGUCUCCCGACCAUCCCGACUUCCUGUUUCCGGCGCGCGUGUUCUCUCAGUCUUGCUUGCUGUUCGAAGAUGGCGACACGCAAGGAAACAACACCGGCCGCCCCCACCGCCGCUGCCCCUGCUGCACCCGCCGCCACGACCGCAGCCACGACCACCGCCACCACCACCGCCGCUGCUGCUGCUAUUACCACGGCCACCCCGGCUCCCCCCGUCACCGCCGCAGCCACCUCCACAUCCGAAAACGCCGUGAAACAAGUGCAGAUAGACGGGCUGGUGAGUGUGACAGAGCACGUGCAGAGCGUACCCCACAGCAGGGGGCCUCAAACUACCCCCCCCCCGCCCCCAGAGCGUGCUGAACUACAACUCCCAUGAUUCUCAGCCUAUCUGUGUAAUUCAAAGAAUCAUGGGAGUUGUAGUUCAGCACUAUCUGGGGGAGGGGGGAGUUUGAGGACCCCUGAUCUACAGCUUCACAGAUCAUAACUCUGUAACUAUGUCAUUAUUACAAGGCUGCACUCAGGGAUCAGAACCUUAGAAUAGAUAUUAAGGAGUAAUUUGUAUUCCUAGUGUUGGGGUCAUGUCCCCUGGGUUGUCCAGGUAGCCAUAUGCCUGGACUCAUGAGCCCACAUGAGCUGGAGACCAAACUAUCACCACUUUAAUUGAUAUACCAAGGUUAUCAAGCAGGACCCCCAGUGUACAGAGAAUAAUACUUGGGGACACAGCAUGUGCAGAGUGUACACAGGAUCUACAGCUUCACUGAUCAUAACUAUGUCAUUAUUACAAGGCUGCACUCAGGACUCAGAACAUUAGACUAGCUAUUAAGGAGUAAUUUGUAUUCCUAGUAUUGGGGCCAUGUCCCCUGAGUUGUCCAGGUAGCCAUAUGCCUGGACUGAUGAGCCCGUAUGAGCUGGAGACCAAACUAUCAUAACAAUUUUUUUGUUCAGUUUAACCUUAUCUUGAUGAUCCCCUAGUGUUGAUUACUUUUAUUAAUAAAGUAAAAGGUUUCAGUGUAACUCUUGCAAUAUGGAACUGAAAUAUAACCCUUGUUAUAUGGAACUGAAAAUGUAAUGUUCAGAGGUGAAGUGUAACCACCGACGUUUUAGAUAUCUAGGAAUCUUUUUUAUUUUAUUUUUAUGGCACAUGUACACGUGUAGUGUUAUAAUACAAAAAAGUGUAACUUAAUUUCUUAAGUAUAUUCACAGUCCGAAGUACCCUUGUAACUUAAUGGUGAUGACUAUGCUGUGUAUUUGAUUUUAAAUUGCAAAACCAUAUUUUUUGGCCUAAAGGUAUUUAAUCGAUAUGCUUUUGGGAUUUGUUACUUUGCGCAACUCUAAAGGAUACAAUACACGAUUAACAGAUAGAGUUAUAGCACUUGGCAUGGGAGAGGGGCUAUGUGAGAUCGUCAUUUGUAUGACCUAACAAAUAUCUCUAACUUAUUGUGUACACCUGUAGACACAGUUGGCAUGUGCGGAGAGUGCACGUUUGUAGGCUUGAGGGUUGAAAAGGGAAAAAAAAAUUCUGACAUUGCAUUGAACAUAGUUUUAUAAAUUAAUGAUUGUCAUUUCAAGUGUUGCAGACCAAUAAUCCUGAUGUAGCCCACAUGAGAUGGAGUGGCAAAAUAUCACUUUAAUUGAACUAUUAACAGCCCAUUAAAGUGGUCUGGGUACAGUGUCCCUGUCCUCUUCAUGCAAUGGUAAUUUAUAAUUACAUUGCAGGGUUACCUCCACCUCUAGUGGUUGUCUAACUGACACACUGUUGGCAAUUCUGGGCCGUUAGGCACUGUUUGGUUGCCUAACUUACAAUGGCAGGGAAAUUGGCAAAAUUUAGUCAGCAGCAGUCUAGUGUAUUGGACUAUCUGUAAUGGCAAUUACACAUGAACGUUGGGAAGAUAUGUUACAAUCUUACUGGGGUAUUUACUAUAGCGUGAAUUGCGUAUGGCCAGAGUAGCCAAAUUAAAAGCAUAACGUUCAUAUUUUUUUUUAAUUUCAUCUUGACAUUCAUUUUGAAUUUCACCUUAAUGAAUAACCAAAACAACUUUAGCUCAAUAAAUACAAUUUUAUGGUUUCUUACCAUUUAGCAGGUAAUCCAUUUGGUUUAUACAGCCACAGUCACACCUCCCUGAAUAUGCCUUACACAAUCUUUCUAAAAAUCUCCUGUACAUCUAAUGUUUUAACUUUAUUAUUAACCUUUAUUGCACAGUCUUUUUAAUUUAGGUUUAUCUAAACCAAGGGAAGGUGACCUUUGACACGCCAGAUGUUGGGGACUACAUCUCACUUAAUGCUUUGUCAGCAUUAUGGGAUUGUAGUUCACAACAUCUGGAUUGGCGAAGUUUCCCUUCCCCUUGUUUAGACUGAGGCAAGAGAAUUUUAACAGGUACUGUAACCACUAACGGGCACUAUAGUAGUUAUGUCAGGAGUUCUUUGGUGUUGUCACAAGGUAUGUAGUCAGUUUUCAAAUAGUUUGUCACUUACGUGGUCCACUUGGUACUCACUGUCCAUUCCUCUUCAGAUAUAGUUAAAGGACCACUAUAGUGCCAGGAAAACCAACUCGUUUUCCUGGCACUAUAGGGUAUUUAGGUUUCCCCCACCCUCAGGGUCCCACUCUCGCUGGGCUGAAGGGGUUAAACACUUACCUUUCUCCAGUGCCGGGCUCCCUCGGCGCUGGGGAACUCUCCUCCCAACGUCAGUCCUGAAUGAGCAUGCCCAGCAAGAGUCGCACGCUCAUUCAGAAAGUCCAUAGGAAACCAUUUCUCAAUGCCAAAAUUGAGAAAUGCUUUUCUAUGGACUGUCUGAAUACGCACGCUGCUCUUGUCGCGCAUUCACCGCUGACGUCGGGAGGAGGAGAGUUCCCCAGUGCCGAGGGAGCCUGGCCCUAGAGAAAGGUAAGUGUUUAACCCCUUCAGCCCAGCGGGAGUGGGACCCUGAGGGUGGGGGGAACCUAAAGACCUUAUAGGACCAGGAAAACAAGUUUGUUUUCCUGGCAUUAUAGUGGUUCUUUUAUGUUCCUUUCUCGCUCCUAAAUUAUUUAGCUUGAGAAGUUAGACCACUUUAUGCCUACGUUCCUAUUCUCACUCUCUUUUCAGUUAAGUAUUUUUUAAUUUAUGUAUUUACUGGAGUUUUCAUUUUAUGGACAGUGUAUUGGUUACUUUUUUUUUCUGUAGUCAAAAUAAAUGACACACUGACUAUAGAUGGUUAAGAAAAUCAUGAUUGUAGUUUAGAUUAUUGGUAAGUAUUAUCAUUAUACAUAGGAUCACUGCAGCCCCCAAUACUCUCAAAUUCUGGUGUUGAAUGUUUCAGUCCUGGUCCAAACAAGUGCCAUUUCACAUUUAUUGUACAUGUGCAAACCUGUUUGGAGGACCAGUGGUUGACUGGGUGAGUUCAGCCUUUUAAUCAUUGUAAACGAUAUCAUUAAAGCAAAUACAGAUGAGUGCAUACAUGUUGUAAUAGGGAUCCAAAAUGUACAUUCUAAUAUAAAAUUAUAUUUUAUUAUGUAAAAAAAUUUCAAACAAAUCAUAGGCUAGCUCUGACUGUAUAAUAGCCCCACUAUAUGAAUGUGCACUUAACAAAAUGAGCGCUGUAGACUUGUGUCAAUGGCAGUUCUGGCAUUUUCAUAUAGUGGAGGCCAUUGAUACAGUUACAAUGUAUUCCUGUUUAGUAAGUGCACAUUCAUAAAGGUACACUAUUAUAUUGUAUGUCAGACAUAUUCUAUACAUUCUUUUUUUUUUUUUUUUACACAUAUAAUAAGAUUUUGUGCUGGACUUUACAUCUUGGAUAUCUAUUACUAAAGCCAGAGUAUUGGUUUGGUUUUGUGUUGCUUUACAGUUAAAUCUGAUUUAUGAGUGUCAGCUAGGGUUGGUUGUGGCUGCACCUGUUGGUGUUUAUUUCAACCACUGUAUUUUUUUAACCUUUUAAAAACUGUAUCAUUGAUAAGAAUACAGACAUUUACUGUAGAAACGGCAUUCAUAAAUUAGUUUCUGUUUCUUUAACAUGUAUUAGACGUGAGUGAAAUUUUGCUUGUAGUACAAUGACAUAGAUAUAUAAUCUCUCUCAAUUGUAUAGUAAUUGACAAACGAGAUAUGAAGAAGACCCUGCCCAAAUAAGCUUGCAAUAUGAGAAUUUUCAUUUCGUAUAUGUCCCCUGUGUGUUCGCGCCAUAUCCAAUCUUCUUUUAAUGAAAAGCUAAAUGUUUCUAUUGAAUAAAGCAAGGCCAAUGCAAGAUCAAUCUCCAUUACAGAGUGUGCUGAUCUAAUUUUCUCAGACAACGAGCAUGGCCCUGUUGAGCGAACCAGAUACUUCCGCAGGAGAAGACCCGGGUGCUGGGUAUGGAAAGCUGGCAUCUUGGAAGGCCCACAUAAUUUCCCAAACCAUAUUAAAACGGUUUGACAAACAGCUGUUGGACAGCACUAGAGCACUCCUUCCUACAUAAUCACUACAGUGUGCUUUAGGGUGUAAAGUGCUUGGCAUACACAUUUAAUGCUAUAGUACGGAAUCGUGUGCAGGUAUCCAAAAACAUAUUGGACAAAUUAUUAGAAGGGCAGGGACACUUGAGAAAGCGAUGAACAGAAGGAAAAUAAUGAGGUGAAAAAAUGGACAAAUGGGUGCUCACUCAAUGACUUUAUUCUCCAUAGAGUCUAAAGGUACAAUGGAUAUUAAAUCAAUAAGGAGCACAACCAAACCAACUGCCAGACAAUUUUAUUGUAUAUACUCUACACAUUUACGUUCAAAGGGAAUAAUAUCUAUGGAAAAUGUACUAAACCUGCUGCCAAACUUAGGGUAAUCGAUCACUAUGCAUAAGGAGAAAACACGCCUAACGUUUGUCAAGGGAGCAUUAUACAUGUGUAAAAUAUAUUCGUUGCCCUACAGGCAACAUGGGGGACUGAUGGGAAAACGGUACUUUUUACCCGUGGUAUGUAGGGAUGCACCAAAUUUUCAGAUGGAAAUGGGUCUAUCAUAUUUCAUCCGAAAACGAGUCAAAUUAGUUUUUUAAAAAUAAAUUUCUUUUUUAAAUAUAUAUAUAUUUUUGUAGUGCAUAGUUUAACAUACAUGCUUGCAUUGACAAUUGAGAUGAUUAUAUAUCACAAUGAAAGAUAGUAAUGAUAACAUGAAAAGUCAAGAAUACUGUGCUAUGGGACAAGGGAGGGGGGAAAAGAACACUAUGGGACAGAGGGGGGGCACUAAGGAAAAAGAAACACUUGGGUUGGGGGGACCACUAAAACAAAGGGGUGAAGGGAAGUUUUUCAUAUUAGUUUAAAAUCAUUAAUAAUUCUAAUAAUAAAAUUAUAGGAAAAAAUUAAAUUUUUAAUAUCAUUUGGGGAAAAAAGUAGGUUUCGGUUUCGGCCCAGAAUUUUCAUUUUGGUGCAUCCCGAGUGGUAUGAUAGUGACAGUAUUUUAUUACAGGGACAAUAAGAAACAGGAUAUUGCACCACCAUAAUCCCGCCGUCUCCCUCCGUCCUCUACCUAUUCCACAAGCCAUAUUUAACUAUAUAGCAAUUUAGAUACAUUGUGGCAUACGUUUGUAUAGUAGUAUCUUUAUCAAAUACACUGAGUACAUGUACUCGAUUUUUUUUUUUUAUUGUAGCUUCAGUUGGUCUUACUUUGAUCUAAGCACCAGUGAUUUAUCAGUCUCCUUGAGGUCUAAUUAUAUUCUCAUUGUUUUUAUAUUUAUCCAUGUAGUGGGUUGUCUACAAUAUACCUAACAAUUUGCCUUUAUUGUUCAGUGUAUGUAUGUGUGUGUAUAUGUAUGUGUGUGUGUGUGUGUGUGUAUAUAUAUAUAUAUAUUUUCAACUAUUUAGUCAAUAUUUUGUAGACAUACCCCUUACUAUCUCUUGCAGUUGAUCAACAUUCACUUUAUCUCAAUUUAUUUUGCUGUUUUCGUAGUGUGUGUGUGUGUGUGUAUGUGUGUAUAUGUAUAUGUGUGUAUGUAUGUGUGUGUGUGUGUAUAUAUAUAUAUAUAUAUAUAUAUAUAUAUAUAUAUAUAUAUAUAUAUAUAUAUAUAUAUAUAUAUAUAUAUAUAAUAUUGUCUCUUUAUACACAUUAGGCGGAUUAUUCCAUCUUUUUAUAAACAUGAUAUAUUAAAUUAGAUUUUAUUAUCCUGUUAGUAAUAGGAACCAUCUUUUUACUCUUUCCUUUUCACCUCACGGAAAACUUAUUUUCCAAGUUCCACCUAUUUGAUUUGUUAAAUUGAGGAUCCUUCUGUUUCUUUUAUUAAUGUUGACAAGCACCGGGCAAAUACAUCUGUAAGUUGGAGUGCAAUACUAUUUUGUGUGUGUGUGUGUGUGUGUGUGUGUGUGUGUGUAUAUAUAUAUAUUUCAAAGGCCUGUAUUUGUGGGAGGAGUUAGCAUUCCUAUAUAAACCCACAUCUCCAUCAAUGGCGUUCAGUUCAUCCCACCUCACCCUUCUCCUUUCAAUUCAUUUUACUGGGUGCACCUCUUUCUAUCCUUAUGUAGGUUUCUGCCAACCACUACCGAUUUGUUCCAUCAAUGUUUAUUAUAUGGCUUUAAUGUUACCGACCACAAAUAUAUGAUUUUAUAUAUAUAUAUAAUUUUUUUUUUGGUGUGUGUGCUUCUUAUUGAUUUAAUGUCCAAAACAUAUAUUGGCAUGUACCUGCACAUUGGGGAUUGUAGGAUGCCGGUUGCAUAGUUUGUGAAUGAGUAGCUUGCAGCUUCGUCCCUUUUACAUUCUACGUAUUGAGUAAUGAGGAGCCUCAGGUUAGUAUAUGUUUAAUCUCUACACUUUUGAUUUUGACAGUGCAGUGUAUAUAUUGAAUGAAAUGACAAAUGUAUCAGUCUGUGUGUAUAAAUCUUUUGCGGUUGACAGUCACUUUAUUAUGCAGCUAUGUUUAAUUUUUAAGCUUUUAAAACCUAAAAUAACAUUUCAUUACUGUACUAUUGUUCUAUAGGCAGUGCUAGUUGUGUAUCAGAGCAAAAACAAAGGAAACAAUAUUGAGAACGUUGAAGACAAUGAAAUUGCCUACCCACUUCCCACUCCCAGGCUCACUGUGUAACCUUGUCAAUACGCAAUUGCAGAGAAGAAAUAUUUGGCUGUUUGAGCUAAAAUGGAUUAGCUGAAUAUGUAAUUGUCUCUGUGUAGGGCCUUGCUAUUAAUAUGACUUCCUGUAAUGAGACAGAUACUACAGCUUAUUGUUCUCCUGCAGGCUAGUUAUGCAUGCUUGCUUGCUAAAUAGGUUGAUGGAUUUAGUAGGAUCCUGAUCUCUUGGUGUUACUUACUGCUCUGGGAGCAUGGGAAGAGCAAGAUGAAGGCGCUUUUUAAGUUAAAGAUAGAUACUCCCUCCAUGACUUGCCAAAAUGUCUGAGCGAUGGGACACCGUUACAGAGGCUUCGUCUCAGCAAGUGAAAAUGAAUUGAGGCUUUUGUCCUCUGACAACUCUUGGGAGCAGGAUGAGGAGAAAGUGUCCAGCAGAUAAAUGGCAUGCUUCCCCUGGUGAGCUAGAGAUAUCUAAAGUAGCAAGGCUUCUCAAAGCAAAACACUGGCGGCGUUUAAUCUUUCCUGGGCUAGAAGCAAAUACCUUUUAGUAAUAAAAAUGACUACAAGCUUUAUAAGGGAAGACUGUGUAAUAUCGAAAAUAAGGAUUUCAUAGAUUUAUAGUGAUCUUGCUUAUAGAUGAUUUACAUCGUAGAACACAGGUCUGUUGUCUCAGGUGAUUUUUUAUUUUAUUUAUUUUAAUUUUUAGUAGCCUAUGUUUUUGGAUAAUUUCAUUUUUACCAGUUGUAGUUUUAUGAAUUAUGUAGUGUUGGCCACCCUUGUUAUGGGUGCAUUCAUUGUAGAUUUUAGAUGUGCCUGACUCAUGUCCUACCCAUUUGUUUUAAUUUUGGUUUGCUUUAACACAUGUAUACCUGACGUUAAAGUUCUACUAUCCCUAUUUAGCCCCGCACACCUGGUCAGAAAAUUUUAAAGGUGUGAAGCCGUAAUUUAUUAGCCAAAUUUCAACUUCUAAAGUUUUAUGAUUGAUGGUUGAUAACCCUAACAAUAGCAGUCCCAGUAUUUCCUUGUACUUAACCCCUUUCAGUGGAGAAGGGUAUAAUCAAUGGCAUCUGAUUAGUUUUGCAAUAAGGUAGGAUAGUCAAGAUAUAUAUAUCUAUAUCUAUCUCUGAAAUGGUAAUAUUUAAAAAAAUUUUUUUUUUUUAAAGUGCUAUCUGACUGUUUCUCAUUCCUUUUGUAUAUGUAUGUAUAUACACACACACAACUUUGGAGACCAGACAGAUCUGGGUUUUAAUUUUCGCAUUAAUGCUGCAGUGUUCACAGCUUGUAAUGACCAGGGUAGCUGGAGACUUUUCUAGGAAGAAUUACAGAAACACUUAUUUCCUGCUGCCUGCCUGCCCUUGCCAUAGUUUUAUAAUAAGCUUUAUUUGCUGUGACAUCCACUAGUACCUGGCUUGAUUUCCGUAUUGCUUGCUGCAGUAAGUGAAAUCUGUGGCUGAGAAGCUGUAGGGCAGAAAUGUACUGCUCAGUUUGUCACCAAUAGUACUGAUGUGAGUGACGCUAAGAAGAUGGGACAGAUUAGAGUGGCCUUAGGGGUGCUGUAUGCAGACUUUAACUCUCCAAAGUAGUUCAAAAGACGUUGUGUAAUCAUGUGCAUGGGAGGGGGGAGUUUGUUUGGUCUCUUAACCAUCUUGUUGCUGACAUGAAUCCUCUCCUAGAGCAAGGAUUGCGCUGGCAAUACCACCAACAGAUGUAUAGAUUAAAGAUACCUAAAGAACACUUACAACGAAUGCAGUAUUAGUGUACGCUUAAUCACAGCUUCUAAGCGUGCUAAUCAUUCCGUAUGCUAUUAAAGGCGCGCUCUAAACAUCAUGACCGUGAUAAUAUAAUCGUUAAGGAAUGGUUUCAAAUAUAACAUAGCUGUUUGCGUUUAAAUCAUGGCUUUCAUUAAAAUAAAAGGUAUUAAGAGCUUUGGUGAUGAUCAACAAAUAUACCAGCUUUAAAAUCAUUUUAGUUCAUGAGCUACUGCUUACCCCAAUCUAUUAUAGAAUUUAAUUCCCAGUAGAUGUGAAUGGCAGCUAACAUGUCCAUACUCUUUAUAUGAAAUGUUUAAAGCCAACAUUUAGUGGGCAGUAGUAACAUUUUAGGAGCUAUGUCUUCUGGGGUUUGUCAACCACUGAUCUAUUGUUUCAUUAAAAUUACUAGCAGCUUAAUCUAUUUACUACUGUUGCAGAACGACUGACACGAGCAUCAAUACAGAUCAUGUUCUUUGUUACUCAAUCUACGUAUACAGUUUUUCUUGUAAAAGAUGUGGCCUCAAGAACAAGGCGCACAUUUUUGUGAAAAACUACGCUAACUGUUAACCCCUUAAGGACAAAACUCCUGGAAUAAAAGGGAAUCAUGACGAAAUAUUUUCGUCAUGUCCUUAAGGAAUUAAUAUUGCACUUUGUUUACUUGGCUGGAGAGGUUUUUGAUGCAUGUUCUAAUAAUAAAAAAUAAAAUUCACCGUACACAAUUGUUUGUUUUUAUUUUUGGAUAUUUAAAGCUGCAAGAAUAGUCACACCAGGAGACUUUGCAAUCAUAUACACCAAGAAUGCUUGCCGGCCAUUGCUGAUGGUUAGCCAUUUUGGAGGACAUGGUGAAAACUUGUGGAGGACAUGGUGAAAACUUGUGGUAGUUAAAGCACUGGUGUUGUAUGUAUUGUGCAAGAACAAGUCUUUUUUCCCAUCAGUCCUAUUGAGAUAUUGCACAAUCGCUGCUAUCUUCAGCUCCUUGCUCUUCAUGCACAAGAAUACAUUGAUAACUACAGAGAAUCCUCUAAAGACCAAGUCUCACUGUCUGUGAGAAGUCCGAUUCCCACAGCAGUCGCUACUGAAAGCUUUGGGAAUUGAGAAAACGUGCCAACGGAAGCCUUGCUUUGUCAACUUCAGACUUUACCACAAUACAAACCAGUCCCCAUAACGUCUUGUACUUUUUGACUGCGUCGGAAUUUGAAUGAAAUUCCAGCACGGUCAAUGUGAGUAUUCUGUGUUUAUGAAAUUCUUAUUUAUGGUCUGUGGCAGAGCCACUUGAAGUAAAACGUGCAGGUCAAAAGGAUUACAAAAUACAUAUAGGAUGCUACUAAAAUAGGAGUUCUCUGUAGGUUAUUUUAUUAAUAUUGCCCAAGUGUGUCCCAGCACUGUACUUGUUUCCAGUUAAUCCAUUCCUCUUCUAACCUAAACAUCUGUCCUUGUUUCCAGUUUUGCAGUCCUUGCUGCGCAUCGGAUUGCAACUCUUUUUCACCUAAAAUAUUACUGGAUAAAAUGGAGUUACAGCGUCAUAAAGAUGCUGACUGUAGUACUAUCUCUGCUAUUUGAACAGGCCCAUAAAAAAAGCAGAUUUAAUCAGCAGAAAUGUGGCUGUUCCGUUAAAAGGGCUGUAAACUUAACAGAUACAAAAGCCAUGUCCUUUAAAAAAAUUUUUUUUUUUUUAAAGCAAAAAUAUACUUGCACCAAGGCCAAGUAUAUAUUCUUCCCAUGUUUGUCUCUUUUCCCCUAAUACUGUGUAGAACCAAUAGUUGUUAUUCACUGAUUUGUAUGUAGUCUUUUCAACGUAAUGAUUUUGAGUGUUUAUUUUUUUGAGUACUCUGAAUAAAAUGGAUAUUAAACUGUGGCUGUAUGAUGCGGAAUCCAGCCAUUGGCAACAUAUGAUUUUUAACAGUUUUUUACUUAUCUAUGUAAUAUGUAAAGAAUUAACUCUACAGGUGGAUAGGUCAUUAUUCUUUUGGGCCAUGUGAGAUUUCUUAAAAUUUUUUUAAUAUAUGAGGAUAUAGACAGAAGUGUAUAAAGUAUACGGUGCUUAUCAGGAUCUGUCCCGCCAGUAAAUAAACCCCCAAUGACAAAUCUGGAAAGAACUGUCCUAAUCUGUCAAAUUGCUCGGGAGCUUUACUCUCUGCUGGCUACAUCUAGAUAUCCAUUACAAAGCCUUAAUCUCAUCACAGCCACACGAUUGCUUCCCGACAGCCUAGUAAUGACAUCUAAUGCCCUGCUGCUCGAACAAUUGGUGUCCCGGAGUGGUUGGAUAGAAUUUAUUCUACACCGGUGAUACACUCAAGGUGCGCUGCCUUGGCGGUUUCUAUGGAAAUGAACGGUAAUGCCCCUUUUUUUUUUUUUUUUUUUGCAGAUUGCAUGUUGGAAGUGUUGUGCUUAACCCUCAGCACUGAGAAAUCACAUUACAAUACAAAAGAAUGUAAUUCCUCCAGAAAAGAAUGUCAUGACGGUUUUAUUUGAAAUGCAAAUGCUGCCAUUUAAAGCAUUCUUGUAGCUCUCUCCUCUCCAUCAGUUGAACAAAAUCUGGUUCAGAUAGUCUUAUCCAUGCGCACAUCAUGUAAAAUAUCUAUUAAGUAAAUGUUCUUUACCAGACAUGUGUACUGCAUUAAUGACGGUGGGAUCUUAGAGAUAUAUAUAUAUAUGUAUAUAUAUAUGUGUAUGUGUGUGUGUGUAUAUAUAUGUAUAUGUAUAUAUGUGUGUGUAUAUAUGUGUGUAUGUAUGUAUAUGUGUAUGUAUGUAUAUAUAUAUAUAUAUAUAUAUAUAUAUAUAUAUAUAUAUGUGUUGAUACCUUCACCAAUAGAAACUGAAAAUAAAACUACAUAGAUUUUACAUCUAACAAAAAACCCACCUUUUCCUUAAAGUGGACAUGUCAUUCCCCCCCAUCCCUUGGUACUUGUCUUAUAUUUAGUAUCUUUUGCUGGAUCUAAAUAGCGUGGUGCAGUCAUUUUGUUGUCUCAUACCCAUGAUGUCUGCUGUUUGCCCUUCUGUGGGAUAGGAUUUUGGGUAAAUUUGAUUGGCAACUGAAACACAACCUUGCUUUAUUUCACCCACUGCCACCUUGACUGCUAGGCAAAAGUUUGAAAAAGUAGUUUGGAGAGAGAAAAAAUGAGAUUCAGACGUGGAACGAAGAAACAGAUUAGACAAAGUUGUUUAAUAUUUUUUUUUUUUUUGACAGAUUUGCUUUAAAUAGUUCUGAGAUAUAUAGUGUAUAGUAAGAACAAUAAGAUUAUCUAGCAGCAUAUUAGGCACUUUCACAUGGGUGAUGUAAAUUUAUUUUCGAUGAAAUUCUUUGAUAACCUCUUCUACCAAGGAUCUGAUUAUAGGGUUAUUAAUUACACUGAUAUUACUGUGGUCAUUUUUUUGUUUUUAAGGACCACAUUUUUUUGCUUAUUGGAAAAGUUUAUAAAAGCACAGACCUCUGAUUUAAUUCCUGGUUACGUCCCCCCACUUUACCAAGGAGCAUAGAACAUGAUUGAUGACCUAGUAGCUUGCAUACUGUAAAAACUGUUUGCCGCUGUCCUUGAGUGUGUUUGAUGGGUAAUAGCCAGGCCUUUUAUAAGAAUUACAGCUACUAGCUGACAGAAAUAAAAUAGCUGCUGGCCUUUUCCCUGGUCUUUAUUGUGCACUUUGAGGAUUGGAAGAAUGUGUCCUGGCCACAUUAAAUGUUUUGCUGCCAGGGCAGUCUUUAUUGCCCCCUGGUAUUGAAACAGUUAAUCUUCUGCUGGUUGUGCCACCUCUGGCAUAUGUUCCAGUAAGUAUGAGAAACUGCCUGUGACACACAAAUGUCAGUGUAAUUUUCUGCUCUCUGCCAUGCUGUCACUAAAGUUAUUUAGACUACACGUUUCCAUACAGGCUUUGGCGGUUUCCUGUUCCUUCUCAUCGCACCAACAGCCCCCUCUGAAACCAUUAAUUUCUGCCGGCUAAUGGAAUUUCAUGCUUUGAAACGAGGAGCUCUUAUCGCAAGCCUGAGAAGUUAUUGGGACUCCUAAGCCCCUGCUGCAAAAACGCACAAUGUGUUUGCAGGCUCAAAGUAAUAUUAUUUGCGGCUUGGUUACAAAUGUUUAUUUAAACCACACGUUUCUCAUUAAUUUUAUUUGAAAACCCAAAAUGACCCCACACACAAAUGGGAUUGAAGAGGAAUUUCUCUUAAACAUAUGCAGUUUUGGUUCUCUGUUUAUAUUGUCGGUCAUUUGAUUUUCUUAAGUGCUGCGUUACCUGAUGUUUUUAUUUUUUGUUCUGUUAAGAAAUUCAACAUUUUAUACUGUUAUUUUAAAAUUUUAAAGGUAAAUCAUGAUACGUUGGUGGAAUGUUGUAUGAAGGAUUGAUAAAUUAAAAGUCCUAUGUUAGUGCAGCCAUUUUUAACGCAAGGUGCUUAAAAAGUUCACAUUUGUAUUGCCUCUGUAUCGUCAUUCAUUUCCCCUUUUUCACAUGCUGCUUUUUGAUUGGUUUAUUAUUUUUAAAUACAAUAUGUAAAAUAGAGUAGACACAGUUUGUCCUUAUGUAUGAUUGUCAAGCUGACAAAGCUUUGCCAAAUCUGUCAUUGCUGGUCUCUAGAAAUACUCUCAUCCUUCCGGAAUCUUGUCUUGCAGAAUCUUUCUGAGCAAGUGUUCUCUGGGCUUGUUUGACACGUGUGGGAGCUGGGUUAUAAGCACAUGCCCCAUAAAGGGCAGAAGAUGCCACACAAAGCACAUCAUUAGGAUAUCGGAAUAAUAUCCUUGAAGUUGUUACUGUGUCUGGAGGGGUUCUUUAACAACUAACGUGUUCCAUAUGAAAGCACAUUGUGCAUUCACUAUACGUUGUACAGUAUCCAUUCUGUUGAUUUGUAUUUUUAUUGUCAGAGGAUUAAUCAUUAUGAAAGACACAACUGGGCUCUGUCCAAGCUUCUUUUUUUUCACCAUUCCCAGAAGCUGCUGUUUUUCUGUGUGCUUAAUUUUCAGAUGAUUUUGGGAUCUAGGAAAGAAGUGUUAAUUUAUUUUGAUAAGUGUCAAAUUAUGUUAAAGUUGUUGCAGUGACUGUGACAAUUAUUUGUCCUAUGUUGGGCAAAGUGGGUUGUGUCCAAAAGGGACUGUCCCUUCUCAAGCAGAGUGUUUUACAGUAUGAUAAUCAAACCUGUUUAUUAAAGGGACACUGCUGGCAUUUCACAAGGCACUGGAAAGUCUAGACUGCUUUUUAUCUGCUGGGGUAUAGUUUUCUUUUCUUUUUUUGCUCUGUUGUGGUAGCUGUAGCCCAGUUCUUGCCAUUCUAAAGUUUGCUUCUGAGUAAACUCAAUAUUCCUAUAGGAAAUUGAGUAUCAUGACUGACUGAAUCUCUUCUUUGAUAAGAACUUCAUGCAGAUCCUAUAAACUGGAGAUCUUGCAUCAAUUUUUAAUUUUGAUGUUUUUUCAUAUCUCUAUAUAAUGCGUUAUAUAGUAUGGGUUUACGAGAUCUCACAAGGUCAAAGGUUAUUAAAUGGUCGUUCCAGCCAGAGACCAGUGUUUUUUAAGAAAACGCCAGUAAUGGUUAGUGUCCCUUCAUAUCCUGCCCUCCACUAAAAUUUUUUAUAAAAUGUAAAAAAAAAAUAUAUAUAUAUAUAUAUAUAUAUAUAUAUAUAUAUAUAUAUAUAUAUAUAUAUAUAUAUAUAUAUAUAUAUAUAUAUAUAUAUAUACACACACAUAUAUACACACACAUAUAUAUAUACACAAGACAAGUAUAGUGGCACUCAACCUUUCAAUGAAUCAGUAAAAGACUGCCUAGGUGCAAUCCCACGCUAGAUAUGUAAAGCGAAAAGGAAAGAGAUGCACUCUCAGGUUCUUUGGUCUUAUAACCCUUGGAAGUCUCCUGCACCCCAAGAAAUCCUAGGUGGGGAUUAAUCCACCUACGCUGAUACAAAAGAGCAGUUGGUCUGCUCUCCAUUUGUAAGUACAAUUUCAUUUACUUAUAUAAGAAACAAUCAUACAGUGGGAACUAUCGGUUGUCUUUUUUUUCUCUUCCUUGAGAAUUGGACACCAGUGACGGAGAGGUACUCUCCACAUACCACAUAUCCCAUAAGUGGGGAUUAUACCGUUGUACGCGCUUUUACCCUAGAGCUGGACAUAAGCUCUUGUAAAUGUGAGUUCUCUACAAUUAUUUUUCCAUCACGUCCAUAUUUGAACUAUACAUAUUGCACUAUUGGUUGUCCUUCUUUUAUUUUCCAUAUAAGUGGAAGCAGUACAGUUUACAAAGACUUCACUAUUCAUCAACUUCCUCAAAGACCAUUUGCAAGGACACAUAAGUUGGAUUCUCUUUUAUUUUUGUACUUUGCUUAUAUAUUAUAUUUUAUCAUACUUUUUUAUUAUUGUGGCGCAGCCUUAAUUUAUUUAUUUAUUUAUUUGGCUAAGCCCAAUAAUUCUACCAGACGUGGAGUUACACCUCCGUAGGGGUUAAAGUCUGUAUGUGUAGCAUUUCCUAGCAAAACGCUGCACACACAGGCUCUAGGAACCAUUGCCACUUCAAAUGACUGAAGUGCUCAUGGUGCUUGGAGUAACCCUUUAACUAAACUGUGAAUUGACAAGACUUCAAGAUGACUUUGUUUCUUUCCUAUAUAGCCAAAUUAUUAAACCUUGUAAUAUAUAGGUGUCAAAUCAUGCAUUUUCAAUUUGAGAGUUUACCAUGUUAUGAGGCAUCACUAUAGUAGUGAUAUCCUCCUGCUGACCUCUUCCUAGUGUCUGCUACUGCCCGCUACUAGAGGUUAGCUGGCAAUCAUUGGUAUGCUCAUGUACACCCCUCCUAAUUAGUGUCUUGUGAUGGCUUUGUCAUUGUACAUUUCUUGAAUGACCUCUUGUGUUUAUUAAUGAGGAAAAAGUUAAAAAUCCAAGUUUUAACGUUCCUUUCACAAAACAGACUUGUAUGAUAAAAUGACACCUUUGUAAGAUGACAAUAAAGGAAGCUUUUUGUCAAUGCGUUCUUAUCACAUUUAAUGCUGCUGAAAUCAAGCUGUUUCGAAGUCGAGAACUGUGUAAAGCAGAGACCUGUAUGACAGAUGUUGGGUACAGAGGUUAGGCUGAUUGGAACCACUCAGAUGAAACAAAUUCUGCCAGUUCCUAAAAGCAACAAAAGGAGACGUCUGCCUGACUGUAAAAGUGGGCUGUUUUUGUGAUAUACAAUAGGGAAUCACAUACAUUAGCAGGCAAGAAUUGAGCAAAAAGUCUUUUAGAUGCACAGUUAAGAAAUUGGCUUUUACUGGGUAACGUUGGGUGGUUUUUAUUUUUAUAAUUUUUUUUUUCCCAUUUAUCUUCUGUUGCCAUGGUGCCCAUAAAUUGUUAACUGUAUUUUAUUUCUCCCAGUAAGCAGUCAAUUGGUAUGAUGUGGUAGUGGCCAAUUUAGCAUUAGUAUUCAGAGGUUGGUGCAUAUAAUGCAAUGCAUAGUGACUGCAGUAACUGUUGUCUUACCUGCGAGAUGUGAUCCUAAGUGAGAUACUAGUAGAUGUGUAUGUGCUUUGGGACGUUUGCGCUACCAUCCAUUGGCCAUCAGAAGGCAGCUUUGAUUAAAGUUAUAUGCUCCAUUUGAGCGAGUUUAAAUUCAGCGUUGGCAUUGUGAUCCUCCGGUACAAUAUUCGAUGAUAACAUUGUAAUCUUAUGGCUGGCCAUGUGUCAUGGGAAUUCUUUUUCAGAAACCACUGGGGCUUACUGACUUAGUGAUAUUUUUACAUUACGUACAAGACACUGUAAAAGGAUACAGUUUCCUUGUAACAUUAAGCUUUUUAACAGACGGAAAGAAUGUUCUGGUGUCUUACAGCAGUUUCCUUCUCAAGAUAGUAAACGGAGCGAUUUCACAUAUCGAAUUCUGUUUAGAACACAUUGCCCGUUCCACUAAUGAAAGGCAUCAAAAUCAAUUUUUUGGGGUUUCUGAGAGCUGGCAGGGAUUGAGAGUUGAAAAGUUUAGGAUGGCAGAUAGAGGCUAACUGACCUUUUCAACUUCAGGUAAACAAUAAGUUGGUUGUAUACGGUAUAUUCUGAUUCCUGGAAUUUAUGACCUGAAUAUGUCAUUCCCUACAUGUGAUUUAAAUCCGUGCUGUCACUUGAGUUUUCUUUCGUGAUAACAUCUUUAUGAAAAAAGCUUAUAGACUGCUGGGGGUUUCAGUGAAGAUAUUUACAUGAGACAAAGUAGUUCAGAUUACUGUUUUUUUUUGUUUUUUUUUUUUUUACAAAAUAUAUACAGUCUAUCCUUGUAUCCCUUAACGAUAAGUAAAAUUACCUAUACACUCAUUAUUGAAGUGUAUAUUUGCCAAAUUAGAAUUGCUAACUGGUCCAGAAGGACUUGUCUAUAGCAUCAUUGUUCAGAGGGCAAUGUGAAUGCCAUACCACCAUAAUAGAAUUUGUUAUUGCCGCGUCAUGUCUGUUCCCUAAUCAUACAUCCCUAGUAUAGUGAUGUCUGUUUCAAUAUACUUGUAUACUUGUCUGCAUGCAUUUUUCGGAAAUCUACUCAUGGGUUUUGCAGGCUGUAUAUACUGUUCUUUUCCAUUUUGUAUUGUUGAUAUGGAAGUCACAUAUACUGUACAUAGUAUAGUGUCUCUGUGACCCAACAGGUCAUUUAUAAACAAACACUUAACGGUGUCCUUCAUGACUCUUGUGUGUCAGCCUGGCGCUGUAUCCCUGGUUUUGCAAGGCACUCAUGCUGUACCAGUUUAAUUAUGCCUUCAUUUUUAAAGGACCACUAUAGUGCCAGGAAAACAUACUCGUUUUCCUGGCACUAUAGUGCCCUGAGGGUGCCCCCACCCUCAGGGUCCCCCUCCCGCCCGGCUCUGGAAGGGGGAAAGGGGUUUAAACUUACCUUUUUCCAGCGCUGGGCGGAGAGCUCUCCUCCUUCUCCCCUUCCUCCGUUCCACCCGUCGGCUGAAAGCGCACGCGCGGCAAGAGCUGCGCACGCAUUCAGUCGGUCGGUCGCAUAGGAAAGCAUUUACAAUGCUUUCCUAUGGACGCUGGCGUGCUCUCACUGUGAAAAUCACAGUGAGAAGCACGCAAGCGCCUCUAGUGACUGUCAAUGAGACAGCCACUAGAGGCUUUGGGGGAAGGCUUAACCCAUUAAUAAACAUAGCAGUUUCUCUGAAACUGCUAUGUUUAUUAAAAAAUGGGUUAACCCUAGCUGGACCUGGCACCCAGACCACUUCAUUAAGCUGAAGGGUCCUUUAAAUAAACACCCUGGUAUAAGGUAACAGAUUGUUACAGACAGAUUGUGUUAACUUUGUAAUAUCUUUGUUACCCUUAGAUACCAUAUUUCCUUCUAGCUUAAUGCAUGUCUAGAAGUCUAGCUGCCGGCCUAGAAUGUUUUGUUAGAAUUCCAGAAUGCUUUGCUAGCAGGGACACCUUUCUAGCCCAACGUCCAUUACGGCCCUCUUGACGCAUUUGAAUUUACAAAAUUCUUAUCACAUUUUGAGUAUCUUGCUGGAAGUUGCUGACUAGCACCACUUAAACCGUUUGUUUCUUUCAGUAAAUACCUCUGUGGACUGAUGCAUUGCUUUUAUUUCUUACAUGGACCUAAUUUACAGAGAACCGUAACGUAUUGUGGCAGAUUUGACUACACAACCCAGUGCGUUUGUCACUACUCUCACAAAUUGUUACAACACACUGCUUAUUUAACACGUCACAUAUUAACACUGCUGGCAAGCUUGACAAGCUAAUCAGGUUUGUGCGCCUUUCUAUCUGAAAGAUGACAAAUAUCUUGUUAUAGCGAACUGAAGCUAAUAAUAGGCCUUUUCAGUGAUAGUUAAGGUUUGGCACUAUACAGUCUUUUAUGUUAAUUUUAUUUAGUUUUCUUUCUUCCCUGGAGUUAACAGUCAUCUUUCUAGUUACCUCUCAUUCUCAUAUUAUUCCAUACUGGUCGGUGAACAAAUCCAAUUCUAGACAUUUGUCUUCAAAACUAUGCAUAGUUUCCACAUUGAAAUGUUGUCCUGAGCAUCACAUCACAUGCACUUACAUCAUGUAUAUGUUUUUGAUUGAUUAUGUGGUUGUUUCAGUAAAAUUGCAUAGCAACAUAUUGGCAGUUUUUAACCCCUUAAGGACACAUGACAUGUGACAUGUCAUGAUUUCCUUUUAUUCCAGAAGUUUGGUCCUUAAGGGGCUAAAGGGACAUUAUAGUCACCCUGACCACUUCAGCUCAAUGAAGUGUUCUGGGUGCCAGGUCCCCCCCUGGUUUUAACCCUUCACAUGUAAACAUAGUAGUUUCAGAGAAACUAUGUUUACAUUUGGGGUUAAUCCAGUCUCUAGUGGCCAUCUUCCUGACAGCUGCUAGAGGCGCAUCUGCGAUGCUGGAUGCGAAAUUUGCAUCCAGCGUGCAGAACGUCCAUAGGAAAGCAUUGAGAAAUGCUUUCCUAUAGACAGUUUGAAUGCGCAUGCUAUACUUGCUGCGCAUUCCGCUCCACUCGGGAGCUGACAUCGGCAGGUGAUGUCACCAGCGCCAAGGGAGCCCAGCGCUGGAUUAAGGUAAGCUGAUGAAGGUGUUUUAACCCCUUCACUGCCCUGGGAGGGGGGUGGGGGGCACUAUAGUGUCAGGAAAACCACUUUGUUUUCCUGACACUAUAGUGAUCCUUUAAUAAAGAUUGAAUCCGCUUUUAGCAUUACUAAAGCGAUGGAGAUCCAAUCUGUGACUUGUUUCCUUUAGUUUUUGUUUGCAGAAGGCAGGGAACUAUCAGACACGUUUUAUGAGCAUUGGAUAAAUGUAAGUGUUCUCUCCCUGCAGGUGGUGUUGAAGAUCAUUAAGCAUUACCAAGAAGAAGGCCAUGGAAGCGAGGUGGUUCAGGGGGUGCUGCUCGGCCUGGUGGUAGAUGACCGGCUUGAAAUCACAAACUGCUUUCCAUUCCCACAGCACACAGAGGAUGAUGCCGACUUCGAUGAAGGUAAUACAGAAGUCAACAGUUCGUAUCAUAUCUCUGGAGAAUUCCUUCCCAAUGCCCCUUACAGCAAAGCAGUUGUCAUAAAGAUGUGUUAGCAAAGAUUACUUUAAAAUAUGAACACAUCUCUUAAUUGGAUUUUUCCUAAUGUUCUACUAAGCAGAAAGAAACUUUUGUAUUAAUCUGUUGAACGAAAUUUAUUUUUAUUUUUUAAUACUUUUUAAUCCCAAAAUUUAUUUGUUUUUACCUGUUCAACACCAUCUCUAACUGUGGUUCUAUAGAUUACAUUUACAUGUAGCUGGACUGUUCACCUGAAAGCAUUUAAUUUGAUAAUUGCGCAGACUUAAGCUUUUUAUAAUGAUCAUAUUGUGGUAUAGAGGGAUAUUUAGAAAGUGCAAUCAUUGGGCAAGCUCUAAAAGUUCUGAUUGAGAUCGGAGACUAUCGGGUCAGUUGACUGCAGGAUUUAGUCACCUUCUGUUUACAGGCAUGUUGCAUAAUUUGAUGCAUAUACAGUGUGCUGACAAAAAACACACGCUAAUGCUGAAGUGAUACAAAGUAGCUUUAUCUACAUAUUAAGUCACCUGACCUAUGGCUUGCACGUUACACAGCACACAAAAUACUGACAUUUCAUGCAACUGAGUAUCUUUAAAUGCUCUCUCUUUAUUAUGGGGAGUGGGUGAGCUUUUUAUAAACGUAACAAAAUAUGUAAUUAAAAAUAAAAAUCAUUAUAUAUGACCUUUGGUACACCUUUAGAGUUGAAUCGGUGUUAAACUGGUAACAACAAUUAAACAGGAAUUAAAAAAACCUUUAUAUACUUGUGUGCAUGCACAUGGGUUAGAUGUACAUAGGAGAAUAAAAAUCCUAGAAAGAUCUGUUUUAAAUGCAAGAGUCACUUUCCCCCAGAUGUUUGUCUUGUGUAUGUGAAGCCUGAAAGACAAGCCAGCUUGAGGGAGAAAAAAAAACAAAAAAACCUUCCCUUGAGAUUUCCUAAUGCAGUAAGAAAUGAUUUAUUUCAGCCCAUUGAGGACAUAUGUAAUGCAGUAGAAAUGCUUCUGGUGCAAUUCAGUGCAGCGACUCAAGGUAAAAAAAACAUUAGUUAGAAUUAAAUACAGAGUAUUUUCAGACACGUCUACACCAAUGAUGGCUAGUCUUGGCAGCUCAGGUAAUUCUGAACUACUUAAAGGGGGCCUUGCGUCAUCAGACGUAAAGUUCAAAAUCUGGAAUGGAAUUGGAAUAUUUCUGUCCUAAACUCUUACUACGGUACUCCACAGACAUUAAACCUGUUCCCAGUGUAAUUAAAGUAUGUUGUGGAAAUAGAGGCUUUUCGUUCAAGGAAAUCUUUUCAUACUUUGCUGCAUUCGUAAGUAGUCACGGACUCUGUAGUCCGCUGUGCACAAAAUAGUUUGGUGUGAACAGACAAUCUGAUGGUUAAAUAGAGUAUGUAGGGAACGGCACUCCCUCCCAUCAGUCUGAGCCAGGGUGCUUUUGCUGUACCAGGAACCAAACUCCAAAUAUUGUAAAGAAGCUUGAUAAAAACCUAUAUGGUCGAAACGUUGCUCUGGUUCCAUUAAAGUGCCUAUUCUUUUGAACCAAGGAGUGCCUGGACCUUUAUUUUCUUUACAAAGUGAUAGUUAACACCGUAUGGCUACAAUCUGCUUAUUCAGGUGUUUCAUCAUUCAUCAGAACUAAAUGGAACUUCUGGUAUCUGGUCUACAACACAUAAACUGCUGGGAUUAUCUCUCACCCCCGAGGCUCUUUAUUGGUGGUCUCCUUUUGGUCUGAAAGUGGGAUGUGGUCCCUGUUGCUCACUUGUUUUGCAGCAAUAACUUAGCAAGUAAUUAAUUUUUAUAUUGUGUUUUAGAAUUUCUGUAUAAGGAACAACAAAAAAAUACAAAAAAUUAAAUAAGAAAUUUAUAAAUUACAACUUGCCACAAGUUGAGCAAAAUUUCCACUUGCCACUAGUUUUGGCUUGGCGUAUAAGAGAAUGAGAAUUUAGAUUUGGCAAAUAAAAUUUGAUCUGGAGAAAAUAAAUGUGUAUAUAUAUUUUUUAAAAAAAAAAAGUAAGAAUUUAAAUAUAAAUGCUGUUCAUGAUUUAACAAAGCAAAAUCAGUUUACCUCAAGCAAACUGUGGUAGAGGCUGCGCUGUGUGAUGUGACAGAAUGAUAAACAACCCUUUCUCCCACUGCACACAGUAUAGACCAUGCUGACUUCAUCAUAUCUUUAAUUUAGAGGACAUGGAUUUUCAGUGUAAAGCUACAGAAAGAUAAUUUUUUUUUAUUUUAAUUUUUCCUCUGUAGGGCUUAAAGGGUCUGUAGAAGCACACCAUAACCAUGCAUUAUUACAAAAUACAUGGUGCUUAUAGCUCCCUAAAUUAAAGAUGUUCACCCCGUAGAGCAAGAAUAUACCAUGUGAUGCAUUGCAGUGACCAUUUUCCUUUAACGUGGGGUUAAAAUAUUUUAAUGUUUUUUUGGCCUUCCUUUAUGUUGGCAUUUUCUGCUUACCGUAUAUACUCGAGUAUAAGCCGACCCGAAUAUAAGCCGAGGCCCCUAAUUUUACCCCAAAAAACUGGGAAAACGUAUUGACUCGAGUAUAAGACUAGGGUGGGAAAUGCAGCAGCUACUGGUAAAUUUCUAAAUAAAAUUAGAUCUUAAAAAAAUUAUAUUAUUUGAAAAUUUAUUUACAGUGUGUGUAUGAAUGCAGUGUGUGUAUGAGUGCAGGGUGUGUGUAUGAGUGCAGGGUGUGUGUAUGAAUGCAGGGUGUGUGUAUGAAUGCAGUGUGUGUGUAUGAGUGCAGUAUGUGUAUGAAUGCAGUGUGUGUAUGAAUGCAGUGUGUGUAUGAAUGCAGCGUUUGUGUAUGAGUGCAGUGUGUGUGUGAGUGCAGUGUGUGUGUGUAUGAAUGCAGUGUGUGUGUAUGAAUGCAGUGUGUGUGUGUGUGUGUAUGAAUGCAGUGUGUGUGUGUGGUGCAGUGUGUGUUUGUGUUGCAGAGCCUUGGUGGGGGGUGGGCAUUUUUAUAUAAAAAAAUUAUUAUUUUAAUUUUUUUGUUAUAUUAUUUUUUCUUUUAUUUAUUUUAUUAUUAUUUUUAUUAUUAUUGAUAAAUUAUUAAUGUAUUUAUUUUGUUGUCCCCCCCUCCCUGCUUGAUACAUGGCAGGGAGGGGGGCUCUCCUUCCCUGGUGGUCCAGUGGCAUUGGCAGUUCAGUGGGGGGAGGAGGGGGGCUGGCAGAGCUGUUACUUACCUCUCCUGCAGCUCCUGUCAGCUCUCUCCUCCUCCGCGCCGGUCCGUGCAGCUCUUCUCUCAGCUCACACUGUAAGUCUCGCGAGAGCCGCACUAUGACCCCGCGGCUCUCGCGAGACUUACACUGGGAGCUGACCGAGGUGCUGACCGGACCGGCGCGGAGGAGGAGAGAGAUGACAGGAGCUGCAGGAGAGGAAAGUAACAGCUCUGCCAGCCCCCAGUCUGUAUUAUGGCAAUGUAAAUUGCCAUAAUACAGACAGUGACUCGAGUAUAAGCCGAGUUGGGGUUUUUCAGCACAAAAAAUGUGCCGAAAAACUCGGCUUAUACUCGAGUAUAUACGGUACAUUUAUCUUUUUCAGACUGUUGCUGUAACUGUAUUUGUGGUCAAACCAUUCUGUCACCGGUGACAUACAAUGCAUGUCCUGGUAUAAUAGGUUUGCAUGGCUCCAGAAAUUACUCCAUUGUUUUUGAAUGGGGUCAUCUGAAAGCUGUCAUUUUGGGUUUGUCUCACAGGUUAUAGAUCAUUGGCGACUGACAAUGACUGUCUGAGUACUGUGGGAAAGCUUGCAAAGGUACAAAUGAAGCCAUCACUGAAAUACCUCUACUUUAAAACAGUUGAGCAGUUCUGUUAGUCACUAGAUGAGUAGCUCCUGAAAUGCAACAUGUGCAAUGUAAUAAACCAAUUAUCUAUCAAUUUAUUGACAGGACAAUUGAAAGGGACACUCAAAGUUCCAUACCCAGUACAACUAUUGUAGUGGUAAUGGUGUAAGGAUGCUGUGGGAGCAAUCCUACGGUUAUGGUUUUUUUUUCCUAAGGGAUUUUGAUAAAAACUUGAGUAGUCUGGCACCCCAGUGUCUGGCCUUCUACCUGCGGUGUGGUUAUGAGAUUUCACUUCCACACAAAUUGGACACAUGUUUAGAGAGUUUGGUAGUUUCAGAUGGCACUUCACGCAUUCAGCACCAGUAAUCUGACACAGGCUAGGGAUUGGGCUUUAUUAAAGGACCACUAUAGGCACACAGACCACUUCAGCUUAAUGAAGUGGUCUGGGUGCCAGGUCCAUCUUGGAUUAACCCUGCCUGCUUUAAACAUAGCAGUUUCAGAGACACUGCUAUGUUUACAUAUGGGUUAAUUCAGCCGCUAGAGGCGCUUCCGUGUUUAUCACUGUGUCAUGAUUCCCUUUUAUGCCAGAAGUUUGGUCCUUAAGGGGUUGACCGUGAUUUACAAAAUCCUAGCACCAUAACCACUACAGUAAGGUGUAAUGGUUAUUGUGCUUGUUCUUGUGUUGCUAUGUUUAAAAAAAAUAAAAUAAAAAAAACUUUCCCCCCAAGUAUGCAAUGUGCAGUUGGACAUAUAAAAAAAAAAAAACGAAAAAAAAACCACCUCCUUUUUUAGUUGUUUCAGCAGAUCCUUUAUUUCACUGCAAUGUGCAUCAAUCAGAUCCGUAUCCAGUUCCACAAUGCUGGGUCGUAAAAUCCAAUCUCAUAAGAAUGUUCUGGUUUUGAAGGAUGGUCUCCUUAAAACUAUUUUUUUUUUUUUUAUAUAAUCAUUGCUUCAAGUUUUAAAAGGAAAUAGAUUUAAAAAAAUAAAAAUGAAGUAUAUUGGGAAAAAAAAUAGAAAACCCUCCCAACAUUCCUACCCUUAGUAUAUGACCGGUUUAUUCAGCCAUAAACAUGCACCUUGGGUCUGACAGUUUUUGAAUACCGACAGUCUCUAUGGUUAGCUCUGCUUCACUCCCUGCACCGAAGCAGGGAGGACCAUAGAGACUCUGUUUUCCAAGGUGCAUGUAUAUGGCUGAAUGAUCCUGUUCUAUAUUAAAGGCAGAGAUUAUGUAUUUUGUUUACUUCUUUAUUUUACAUAUGUCAUUUAAUACAUAGUCAAUUAAAAUAGUUUUAAUGCAGCAAUUUUUUAUUUUUAAGACUGAUGUUUACAGAAUCCUUCCAAGGCCUUCCACUAGAGGGCAGUAUUACCAAACCUUUUAAUGCCUUUCCUACUCUGCAGGACAUUGGUGUAUAGGAGUGGACCAAGAUGCUUAUGGAAAAAUGUUAUAUAUGUUUUGUAUAUUCUAUACAAAUAUACGCAAUUAUAGUGUGUGUGUGUGUGUGUAUGAGUGUGUCAUACAUUGAGAUUUCCCUCGGUUUCAAGUAUCUUUCCUGGUAAAAUAUUUUAUAAAUAAAUGUCACAUAUAUAAAGUAUGUGUAAUCAGUGGAACAGAAUUGACACUUCCUGAAUAAUUCACAAUUUAAAUGCUUUCUAAUUAAUAAAACACCUCCUCCUCUCCCUGUAAUCAGAAUGAUCACAUUCCUUGCAUUUUCUAUUUGUCCCGUUCCUCCUCCCCCCCCCUUCCUGUUGUUAAUAUAAAAUGGGAUAUUCUUUAGGGUCAAACUAAUCUGUUUUGCGUGAUAUGUAGCAGGGUUUGUGCUGUAAUGCCGCGUUGAUUUGUGUUGUGAAGCAUGCCAAAUCAGAAUGUAAUUCCUUAUUUGGCACUUACAACCCAUCAGAGUCCUGUGUAGCCUUUCUCUGCAACAUCAACAUCAAUUAACACCUUCAAAGCCAGAAAGAACUAAUUAAAUAUCAUGUCGGUGGUGUGAAAUUCUCAAUUUCCACCAUCUGAACAUGGUCAGCUUGAUUAUCACCUUAGCUUCUAGAAUUUCUUGGUAAGCAUGGCGCUGUUAAUGUUUUUACCCCUCCUCCUAUGUGCAUCAAAAUAAGUAAUGUGGUAUAGUUUUGUUAUAACUGUCUGGACCCAAUAGUUCAUUCAUGACAUCCUCCAGACUCUAAAGUUGUAGAGCCUGGAGGUUGUCAAAGCAUCAUGAGAGUUUUAAUUCUAAAACAGCUGGGGUUCUUCUGUUUUGACACCUCUGCUGAUAGUUUCCCAGUAUCUGACACUCCAGCAUUUGUUUGUGUUUUAUGCUUCAGAAUGAUGGUCGUAUAGGAUUGUCUUUCGAUCUGGUUUAUAAUCAUUUAACCCAAUGACACCCUGGGUUGGUAGAAGCUAACACUUGUUUUUAAGAACAGGGUAUGGAAUCUUCGUCUGGCCAGGCUUUACUAUCGGCAACUUGCACUAUACAGUUUUUACAGUGUGCUGAAGGGCUGUCUUCUUUGAAGCACAGAGAGGAUUAUCUGAUGUGCUCUCAAUAUGGUCACAGCAGGGCUUUUCCUCUGUGUUCAUUCAUCAUAAGCCUGUUUAUAUUGCUGCAUACAUCUCAUCUGCAACAUCCAGUAAAGGGAUUUCCACCUGCGUGCCUGUAUUCUUUGUGUAGAACAUGAACCCUUUACAGUAUGUUUCUCGAUUUACACACACUGUAUUUGUUUACCCCAUUUCAAUUCCACCAUAGAACAGUGGGUUAAUGAGUGUGGCUGACAGAACUGGUUUAUUGAGCCCUUGUAUUAGUAUGUAAACUAGCAUUCAGUGAUUAUAUCUCCUGCUCCAAUGAGCGCAAAGUUGGCGAUCACAAAUAUUUUGAUACCUGAAAUGAAUAUACAGAACUUGCACUCAGCAAGUCUAGUUUCAAAAUAAAAUGGAUUUUCUUGGUCCCCAUUGGAUCAGAUGUGGUAAUCCUGAAUAUUUUGGGUUGUUAAGGCCUAUUGGUGAUAGGUUUAAGAGUUCCUUGGCUUUGAUUAAAUGACGUAAUGUGAGAAAGCCUCAAGCAGUUUAAUAUGGCCUCUUGUCCUUUGUAUAUGUACAGGGCGAAUAUGGUUAUACAUGUAGAAAGAUUGAGCACACUUUUAAUAAACAUGUUGCCAUAGGUACAUCAUACAUUCCACCAGUGUAAGAAAUGUUUAGCAGCCAUGCUGGUCAGAUUGUACUGUUAUCUGACAAACUGGCGCUUAACCUAACUUGCCUCCUGCUGGGAUUUCACACAGAGCAAUCACCGCAGCAGGCAAGUUGUAGAGCACUAGUAGAAUCUGACCCAGCAUAAGUGACAUUUUCUCAAUACAUAAUGAAAAAAUAUCAGUUUCAGUAAAAUGUAAAACUUUUAUUUUUUAUUUUUAAAAAGAUGAGUUCCUCAAAAGAAAUUUUAGCUCUAAUGCUGUGCAGGACUUGUCUGACCCCAAGGGUAGGUGCCAGUACAGGUUCAGUGUCACCAGCCCUCCUACAUGGUGGUGAGGUUUUCGAGGUGAGAUUUUAAUUUAUUUUAAAUCUCCCUUGAAACUUACACUUGUUUACAUGCAAGUAUUUUUCUCUAUUGCGUCUACAGAAUAUGUCCAGUACUAAUUCACCGGAUAAAGCUGAAAAAGAUAAGAUGUCAGCUCCUAUCCCUAAAAAGGCCACGAGGAGCUUUGUCCGUCCCAUUGCCGAGAUAAGAACUGGUGUUUCUUUGGAGGUAUAGGGUUUAUAUGGGCAGCAGGUGGGGUCUUCUAUUAAAAUAUUCAAAUUUGAGGGGGCUUCUUGUCCACAGAGUUACAUCCCACUUGUACAGUACUGCCACUAUACGAGAGGACAAACUAAGUUUAUCCAGUGUUCCGCUAGUGUACAUGGGAGGAGCUGGAUUUCUUUUGAGGAAUUCAUCUUUUCAAAAAAAAGGGUUUUACAUUUUACUGAAACUGAUAUAUUUUCAUUAUGUAUUGAGAAAAUGUCACUCUUAUCAUGCUGGGUCAGAUUCUACUAGUGUUAUACAACUUGCCUGCUGCUGUGAUUGCUCUGUGUGAAAUCUCAACAGGAGGCAAGUUAGGUUGAGCGCCAGUUUGUCAGAUAACAGUACAAUCUGACCAGCAUGGCUGCUAAACAUUUCUUACACUGGUGCAAUGUAUGAUGUACCUAUGGCAACAUGUUUAUUAAAAGUGUGCUCAAUCUUUCUACACGUAUAACCAUAUUCGCCCUGUACAUAUACAAGGGACAAGAGGCCAUAUUAAACUGCUUGAGGCUUUCUCAAAUUAUGCCAUUUAAUCAAAGCCAAGGAACUCUUAAACCUAUCACCAAUGGGCCUUAACAACCUGGCUCAGCUGUUUUCUUCUGAAACCUUUGAAUGCGUUUCUAUCGGAUGCUUCGAUUUGCCCAGAUAACGGGUUUGUCCUCGGUUGCCAGAACUUGGACCGCGGAUUCAGCUUCUAAGUCUGCUUUAUUUGAGCUACUUUCCAAGAGGAACAAGUUAUUUGGCACCCCUCUGGAAGAUAUAAUAAGGCAGAUGUCUGAAACCAAAGAAGCAUUGCCUCAGAAUUCCAGAUAUUCAGGACCUCAGAACUAUAAAAGAUCUCAGUUCAGAGGACAACAUUGCUUUCUCUACUUGGAGAGAUUUUGCAAACUGAACAGAGAUACCAGAUUUAGAGAUCUCAAUAAACAGGACAAAAAGAAAAGGUAUUGACGCCAAAAGAGUGGGAGGGUCGUCUUCGUUUCUCUUUUCAAAUAUGGAAAGAGACAUCAAUUUAUUGGAUUCUAAAGACCAUUUCAGAGGGAUGCAGAAUCCGCAUUUAGGAGACACGAUUGGCUUUUAAACAUACAAAAAUCUCGGAUGAUUCCUUCAACAAGGAUGGAAUACAUAGGUCUUCUGGUGGAUUCAAUGUCUCUUUCCCUUUUUCUUCCUAUGUCAAAAGAAAUAAGAAUUUUCACGGCCAUUUCAAAAUUACUUAAGAAUGUUUGCUCCAUCAUGUGUGUGUAAGGGCGACUCACUUCCGCAACCCCAGCAGUUGGUUUGGCAAAAGCAGAAAUAAGACCUUUACAAUGGAACCAAUUUGCGCAAUGGUCAAGAAAAAAGGAAGAUUUGGAUUCCAUAUUCCACCUAUCAAAAAAGUAAGAAAACCACUAAAUUGGUGGGAAUACAAAAACACCCUUUCCAGAGGCCUUUCAUUCGAACAGAAAAGAUAGAUUACCAUCAAAACAGAUGCCUCCCAAACUGGUUGGGGCGCUCAUUUUCGUUCAUGGUUCAUUCAUGGGAAAUGGACUUUGAAAGAAGCAAAAGAAUCCUCCAACUUCAGAGGGGUGAAGGCAGUAAUGAAUGCUCUGAAAGCUUUCAGUCCUGUUACCUCUGAUCAAGCUGUAAGGAUUCAGUCAGACAACGCCACCACAGUGGCUUACUUAAACUGUCAAGGAGGCACAAAAGUUAAAUCUCUACAGUAUCUGUGCUGCCAUAUCAUGUCUUAGGUACAGUCCAUGAUAAACUCACUCAGCAACUCAUAUCAGAGGUGCUCUGAACGUCAUCGCAGACAACAUUGGUCUCAGACUGUUCUCUAAAACCCCAGAUGUUCUCGGAAUUAGUAAUCUGAUUCGGCUUACCAGACAUCGAUCUUAUAGUCACAAGGAAAAAACAGGAAAGUCCCAACCUUUGCUUCUAUCCAGGCACAGAUUUUCCAGGCAUCCUAAAUGGCCUGUCCCUCACCUGGAACUUCAACAUGGGAUAAGUUUUCCCUCCUAUAGACUUGAUACCAAGUAUUAUUCAAAAUAUCAGAUGGGACAAAGCAGGGUUCUAGCUAUUGUGCUCUUCUGGCCAAACUGAAGCUGGUUUUCAGAAAUAGAAUGUAUGACUAUUUCACGCUGGGUUCUUCCAAUUUCAGACAACUUCAUAGAGUAUGUAACUCUUCCAGUAGAGAUCCUGGAAAUGUUCCACCUAAAUGCAUGGCUGCUGCAAGGAUGAUCCUCUGUGAGCAAGGGAUUUCAGACAGUUUGAAGUUAUUCUGGCAUCGGUCCGUUCAUCUCCUUCUAAGAUAUAUAUCAGGAUUUGGAUGAAACCUGGUGUGCUUGGAAAGGCUGCAAUCCAGAUAAUCCAUCUAUCCUGGAUAUAUUGUCUUUUUUGCAGGAUGGGUUUCCAGUAGGUCUAGGUGUUUCAACACUCAAGAUCCAAAUUUCAGCAAUGUCACUUCCUUGUGUGUGUGUGUGUGUGUGUGUGUGUGUGUGUGUGUGUGUGGUAUAGCUUUUUAACAUUCUUAUCCGCAGAUAUUACAAGUCAAUCUUACUAAAACAACCUCCUAAGCUUUUGCCUUUUCUUACCUGGGAUUUGUCUUUAGUCCUUAAGGCUCCAUUUGAACCUUUUCAGGAUGUAUCCCUAAAGAUGCUUACAAUCAAGACUAUCUUCUUGGUGGACAUCACCUCUUUAAGGAGGAUAGGAGUACUACAGGCUUUCUUCAGCUUCUUUUUUUUACCAUCUUCCAUGAAGACAAAGAGGUCUUGCAUCCCAGACCUUCCUUUUUACCUAAGGUUAUUUCAAAGAAAUCUGAGCCAGCCUAUUAUUUUGCCUUUAUUCUGCCAGUCUCAAUCUUCGGUGCUUGAAAGAAAGUGGCAUCUCCUAGAUGUUGGAAAUCUAUCUUCAGAGAUCGCAAGGCUUUAGGAUCUCAGAUCAUCUCUUCGUCUCUUUUCAAGGCUCUUGUUAAGGUAGAGGAGCCUCCAGAUCUACUAUCGCAAGGUGGCUAAAGAAAGCCAAUAAAUUGGCUUAUGAAACCCAAGGUGUUCAAAUCAGAUUUCCCUGGAAGGCCUUUUCCUCGAGGGCGAUGGCAACUUGCUGGGCAGAAAGAUCUGCAGCUUCUCCAGAAGACAUCUGUAAGGUGGCUACUUGGUGUUCAUUCCACAUCUUUAUAAAGCAUUAUAGGCUGGACAUAUUUUCAUCCUCUGAAGCUUUUUUUUGGGCGGAAGGUGCCACAGGCAGAGGCAUUCUAAUUUCCCACCCUUUUUUGUUGCCGGUAUCUUGCUAUAUCCCACUUGUACAGUACUGCCACUAUACGAGAGGAAAAAAAACAGUAAUUUGACUUACCGUAAAUGCCCUUUUCCUUAGUAUAGUGCAGUACUGCCGUUACCUCCUCUUUUUGUAUGGAUUAAUUAUGCAGUCUACGGUCUCCGUUUGGUUCUUUUUAUAACUGGUGUUUCCUUGGAAGUACAGGGCUUAUAUGGGCAGCAGGCGGGGUCUCAAACUAUUCAAAUUUGAGGGGGAGAUUCUUGUCCACAGCAGGAGUUUCAUCCCACUUGUACAGUAUGGCCACUAUACAAAAAAGGAAUUUACGGUAAGUAAAAUUACUGUAUUCAUUAGGUAUUAGCAGAAACAUUUGUACAGUCUGCUUCAAACAACCUUUUCAUAAUAACACUGGAUAUCAAUUCACAAGGGUGCUACCAGCAUUUUACUGUCCAGAGCAGAGGAAAGUUUUUUUUGACUUCACUGAAUACCCAUUUUAUUAAAAAAAAACACAAAAGCUGCCUAACAGAUCUAAAAAUGCUCAACACUGUAUUGUAUGACGGCAGCAUAAACUCCGCGUGUCCAACUUCACUUUAUCCAGGUGUUGGGAUGCAACUCCCACAUUUAUCCACGAGCAGAAUAAUAUGUACUGUAUGACUAUACCAUGGGUCGUCAACCUGGUCCCUACCGCCCACUAGUGGGCGUUUUAGGAUUCCAGGUGGGCGGUAGGGAUUUCUGAGGCUAAAUCCUCUUUUUAAGAGGAUUUCUCCUUUUGGGCGGGCGCGAGCGGCUCUGCAUGCGCAAGUCUUCAGUGACCGGCAGGAGGAAGCGCUCCCUCCUGCCAGGCCACCUUCUGGACCCCCCGGCAUGGCAGAGUUCUAAUCAGUCGCGGCGAGGGAGCUCUAACCUCUCUGCUCUGCUCCCUCGCGCGAUGUUUGCUGAUGCCGCGGGAGCCGGAAUAUGAUGUCAUAUUCCGGCUCCCGGCAUCCGUAGACAGUCCGCGAGGGAGCAGAGCAGAGAGGUUAGAGCUCCCUCGCUGCGUCUGAUUAGCCGCCCGCCUAAGUGAAGCCCCACUGGACCCCAGGGACAGAUCCACACCAGCUCUCCAGGUAGGGAGGCUGGGUGGAUAUUUAAUAUUAAUAAUUUGUGUGUAUAUGUGUUUGUCUGUAAGUGUAUGUGUGUGUGUGUCUGUAAGUGUAUGUGUGUGUGUGUCUGUAAGUGUAUGUGUGUGUGUGUCUGUAAGUGUAUGUGUGUGUGUGUGUGUGUGUGUGUGUGUGUGUCUGUAAGUAUAUGUGUCUGUGUCUGUAAGUGUCUGUGUCUGUAAGUGUAUGUGUCUGUGUCUGUAAGUGUAUGUGUGUCUGUGGGUCUGUCUGUGUAUGUGUGAGUGUCUGUAAGUGCAUGUGUGAGUAUGUGUAUAUUUGUGUGUAUGUGUUUCUAUGUGAGUGUGUGUGUGUGUGUGUGUGUGUAUGUGUUUGUCUGUGAGCAGAGUACUUGUAGAAUAGAAGAAAGAAGGUGCAGAGUACUUGUAGAAUAGAAGAAAGAAGGUGCAGAGUACUUGUAGAAUAGGAGAAAGAAGGAGUAGAGUACUUCUAGUAUAGGGGAAAGAAGGAGUAGAGUACUUCUAGUAUAGGGGAAAGAAGGAGUAGAGUACUUCUAGUAUAGAGGAAAGAAGGAGUAGAGUACUUGUAAAAAAGGAGAAGGAAAGAAAAGGAAAAGGAGAGAAUUGUUGUUGACUAAUAAUAGUAAGUGGGCUACCUAGCUCAGCCUUCCUAUUGGCCAUUGCUAUAAGGAAGGUUAAAAAAUAGAAAAAAGGGGAAAAAGGUGGGAAGGGGAAUUGAGGAGGGAGAGGAGGGGAGCUGACGCACAGAUGAGAAAUCAUUUUAUGAGCAAACAAAGAAGUCUUCCGAUUAUCACUGAAAGAGGAGACCUUCGCUUGUUCCUUAUGAAAAUCGAACCAGAUAUCAAAUAUUUAGUCUCGCAGCAUCAACCUCUAGUAAAGGUAAGUUCAAUUUACUUUAUUGCUUCCUCAUUAAACUUUAUAAAGUUAAAAACAUUAUAAACAUGCAUAAAGUAGAAAUAAAAAGAUAAAUGUACGUUCAUUUAUGUAUUUUUUAAAACACCCUCCUUUCUAAAAAAUAUUCCGCGCUUGCGCGAAAACUGGUGGGCGGUAAGGAAAUUUUUCCAUCAAGAAAGAUGCAUUAGUGGGCGGUAAGUGGAAAAAGGUUGACUACCACUGGACUAUACAAACAUAACCAAAAAAAAAUUACAAUAACCAAGGCAUUAACCCCCUCCUUAACUGAUGAGGUGUUUAAUUUUUGCUUUUCAAGCCCUGCAAAAAUAAUGGAUUUAAUACACUCUUCCAUUGUGUUUUCUAAUUCUACAUCAACUUUUUUGUAUGAAAUAUAUAAAGAAAGUGAUAGCAUAGUUAUUAACGCAAGUGACAGAUCUACCCCCUCCGCCCCACAGUAAGCAGUGAUGACUCAGGUCAUUAUUAGUUUUGCUCACUGUGCAUCUCACUCCUAAAAACCUCCAGCUUUUCCAGUCUGUACUCGCCGAGCAGAGACCACACCUUACGAAACAUGUUGCAAACAUCCCAGCAAGCAAGGGCCGUCUGCAAUCUUUUGCUUGAUUUAUGAUGUGAGGGUAACAGAAUUGUCCUCCCCUUGCUAGUUAUGAUGUAAAAUAGUGUGGAUUAGGACAGAUGGAUGUCAUAUUUGGCAGCAUAUUACUGGCCUGUGCUUUUUAUUUUUUUUUUAUUGCACCGCAUAUUUUAUAUAUUUAACCCCGCUAUUAGGCCAAUGAACAAACACAAAUGUUUAGGUAGAGAAAAUGAGGAAGUUAACUAUCUCUUAGAAAAUGAAGUCAAAUAUUUUUCCAAUGGAGUAAUUUGAGCCAUCAAGUAACCCGUUUUUGGUUUGAGAGGAGAGAGAUCAUGGAACCUUCUCACAAUUUAGUAAAUAUCACUAUUUGUUGUCUAUUAUAAACUAAAUCAUUAACCGCUCCCAGUAUAUCAAGUCUAGUUUUAUACUCGUCAUAUUAGGCAGGUACAUCUUGAACACUAUUUAAAAAGGCAGUGUAUAUUUAUAUGCAUUUUACAAGUAUGAAAUCAUCUUGGCACUGGCCUGUUUGUAAAUAUUAUUAUUUUUUUAAAUAAAGAAUGAGCUGUUCCUUUAAAUCUUAGAAGUGGCUGUUUUAAUGUCAUUGUGUGCAUGUGUUGUCUAUCUGCACUUACUGCUUUGCUUACACUGGGAGGAAAUAAUGUAAAUGAAAGGGAUGCAUACUCAGAUAUGCAGAAGGAGCUUGGAUGGCUCGUCGCCACUGCCACUUGAAUACUGAAGCUUUUCCCCUAUCAGGUUUUGGCACACGUACAGAAGAGCUUGUUUCUCGCACCAAGUUAAUAUAGUGUAUUAAAACAAGAAAGUGAGAGAACACUCAAGGCUCCUUGCAUAGGUCUCUCCAUAUAGAAGAAAGCUUGAACUUUGAAUAUUCUAUAAUGUAAUGGGUGCACAGUUUUGAAGAUGUUAAUGUGAGGGGGUACCAGUUCUGUUUAUUUCUGAUAAUUUUUUUUGUUUUUUCUGCACACUUAAUGGUAAACCUGCCAUCUUCAAUAUAUUUUUCAUACCAUUUGUUCUACGUAUUGUGCAUGCAAGGUCUUCAGAAUACUUGUAGAUUGAGGACUGUAGAGAGGCUACUCAAAACCUUCCACUCUGUGUCCCCAGUUUAUGACUUUAUGGUAUUAUCGACUUCGGUAACUCAAAAUUGCUUCCAACUCCAUGAGUCUAACUCCACAUCCCUGGUUUGAAUCGCGGUUUCCUGCUUAGAAAGGACCUACUUCGCUUUGAGAUUUAUGUGCAUGCAAUAUAUUUGAACUUAAUGUUCAAAGUGAAAAUAACUUUAUUAUUUCGGCUACAGCAACAUGUAGCAGAAAUGUCAUAUUUGCUUGACAGACAAAUUAACACACCAGAUUACCAGUCUUGCUAGCUGUCAGUAAACAGCCAAAAGCUAUAGUUUUGCUGGAACCAAACACAUUUUGUUCUGUUUAGGGCUGGAAAGUGCUGCAUACGGUAUGUGGAACUUGUGGUUUCCUGGUUCUGAAAAACCAGGAAGCUAAUGUAAACCUUUUUCCGUGUGAGUUAUGGUGAUGGUGAAGUGCAUUGAAGCACAAAAAUUGCUGGUUAAUGAGAUGAUUGCGAUAUUUCGAGAUAGAGGACUUGCACAAGGUCAUACCUAUAAUUAUGAUAUAUCACAAGAAAUAAACUUGUUGGAAGAGAGGACCUACUAUGCUAAUAGUUCACAAGCUAUCAUCUUAGAAGUCCACUUACAAUAAAGUGUCCUUGAGAUCGGACAGAUGAAUGUUGCAUACAUUUUUGUAGCUGAUAGAACCACUAAUGAAAACAUCACUCUGGGGGAAUAAAAUAAACCGAUAUCCUAAUAUCCUGGCUGGUUAAUGUGAUUGCAUUUUUUUUUUUUUUUUUGCUUCUUUGAAUCAAAUUAAAAACAUUCUAUAUACCACAUAAAAAUUUGACCAGUGUCUAUUGUGGACGUGGCAAGGGCAAUUUUUAACCGUUGCUCCUAAAGGUCUCUUUAUAGUAUCUGAUCCCAAAAUAAGUUAGCUGUAUACAUGUUGAUAUUGUGAAACAAUAUUGUAAAUGUUUUCGAUGCACAAUAUGUGUGCUUUAGUCGAAAUAUACAAAUUUACCAGUCACCAGCAAUUAAGCAAUUUUCACUGCAUGUGAAAUUCUAUCCCAGCACAAGCGCACCGUGAGCAAGGGGUCCAUGUCUGGAUUAUCCUUUAAACUAAUGGAGAGCAAAAAACAAGGCGCAAGAGUGUACAAUGUGCAUCAAAUCACUCAUAUCAAGUUGUUGUUUAUUUUAUUUUUCUGUUUGUUUUUUGUCUAACUGAAAAUGUUGCAUAUUGUAUGGUUCACAGAGCUCAGCUGUGCAACCUUGUAUGCUGUAGGUGAUCUUUAGCUGGAGGUAAAUGGGGACAGAUAAAGAACUGGUGAAUCCAUUUCAGGCUGACAGCACAUCUUCACACCUGUAUUCACUACAGUGGCGCCUGACUCACGUGGCUGAAAUAAAUGUGUACUUUAUUUGAUUUCUCUGUACACAGUCUGGCAAUACAACAUUGAUUUGAAGCUGCUCUGCAAAUCUCCCAGCUGUCAAUCCUUCCAUGUUUUUCCCGGUUUCUCCCCAUGUCUUUUAACACGCUGAAAAAUAUUGCAUUGGUGGUACUUUAUAUAUAAUUUUUUUUUUUUUUAAUAAAAACCGGUUUAAAAAAAUAAUGAAUUUUUAUUCUCCUUUAUGAACCCUGAUUUAUAAUUUAGGUAAAUCUGCUAAAUAAUGAGGAUUGUAUUUGCAGGGAAAACGGAUUCUGGCCCUUGUAGGUGGAUUUUUAGUAAUCUACUGGUGUAUCAAUGUAAUACAGUUGUUUCACGAUGUGUGAAAAUGUAUAAAAAUGUCUGUCUACUGCUGCCUGCCUCUCUCCCUAAUCUCCAUUGGCAUCCUGUCCCCUUUAAGACUUGUGUUUAUAGAGCAGAUCUCAAGCUCCUGGUAUGUUAUAGGCUUGGAAGUGCAAUGCAUCCAAUUUUUAUGCAGCACUGCUGCUGGUUUUUCCAUCCUGUUCCCCAAAUAGAUGUCUGCUCUGCUGUAUAUGCCCAGGGAAAAUGUACGUUGUGUGUAGCUCAGCCAGCAGAACGCAGUCCCACUUAUCAACUCUUAAAUGCUGUGAGGACGGCAGAGAUAGGGGCAGCCUCCCACCUAGGCAUUUACCGUUAUUAAUCAUCCUUCUUGCUGAGAAACAGGACAGAGCAGAAAGCUAAAAGCUGAUGGCUUUUUAACACACUUGGUAUUAGAGAAUCCCGUAAUGUAUUAAAGACUGUCACAAUGAGCAAACUUGUAUUGGAGCUGUAAUAAAAUAGAAUACCUCAGCCGUGAAACAAUUAAUGCUUGCACGCCACGCCAUUAGUUCGUGGUGAGGCUCUUACAUGGCUGAGAGCUUUCUCUUUAUUGCAUCGCCAAUAAAAAGGCGCCUGGUUUGCUUUUCUAAUUGCUAUUUUAAUAUAAUAGUUCAGGUGAUCGCUUAAACUGGCUCCGUUGUUAGUUAUCAAUAUUUGAGACCUGUUCGAACAGUCCCUAGUAGUGUUUUGAAUCAGCCAUAACAGUUCUCUAUUGUUGGUUACAUUUUAUUUUUAGUUGUAAACGAUAACUACUUCUGAGAUUGUAGCAUUGUUGUAUGCUACUUCUAGGUAUAUUAAAAUGUGCACUUUAAGCUGGAAUUAAGUUCAUUGCUCGUCUCCGUGGUGCGUUAUUUUCUAUGUUUAAUAAGCACGUCCCUAAUUAAAGGGACAGUAUGGUUGCCAUAACAAGUGUAGCAAAAAUGUGUUCUCAUUCAUGGACCAGAUUCUGCUACUUGAUAGGACUUGAAUGGCUGCUUUGUGUUGUGAACAUGGGUCCUUAUAACCAGAUGUAGUGGUUAUGAUGCCAGGAGUAUCCCGCUCUCCGAAUCUCCCCCCUCCCCCUUUUUUUUUGUUUUGUUUUUUUGUAUUGGGCAAACAGUUUUUGCAAUGGCUUGUCUUCUUACCAGGUUCUGCCAGGUGCAGCAGGGUCUUCUCUUAUUAGCUGUGACAUGCAUCUGGCUUCUGUAGAGCUUCAGAAGCCGGACUCCGAUCCUGCUAACAAUUUGUUGGCUGAGAGUGUCAGCUGAUCACGCUCAGCUAAUUGCUUCAGUUCUGUGCAUUAAAAUAUGGAUUGAGUUGACAUUAGCCAGCACAAAAGUACUGGUGUCCCAAUUAGUCUGUCAGAGGUGGAGUUACUCCUCCAACAGUAAUGGGGCUAAACAUUGAAAUGCUGCACGUACAGACUCCAGGCAUCAGGACCACUUCAGAUUAGUGAAAUGGACAUGGUGUGUGGAGUAACACUUUAAGAAUCAAGGUUAUACACAAAUCUGUAACGUACAAAAGUCUGACAUGUCAUUAUGUGAGCACUGAAUCUAACCAUGCAGAGGUCUGCCAAUCAAACCAAACAGAUAAAACAAUUGAUUCGGUUAGGGACAUGUAUUGCAAGUACCAGAGAUGACUGGCAUUCACAAGGUCAAUGAUCCACCCAGACACGAUCAAAAGUCUCUUUAAUAUAUUUUGGAGCAUUGAAGUGGUACAACCAUUCUGUGUUUUAUAAAGCACCAUAUAGGCGCCUGGAGUAAACUUUUAUAGUAGCGUUGACUUCCUUAUCAAGUUGUGAUGCAUUGUAUGAUGAACCUUUAAUUUUAUUUUCUAUUCUUCCUGCCCAUGAGCAAUUUCUAUCUUAUUGAUAUUGAACAAAUGGAGAGGUGGAUCUGACUUCACAUGAAAAUCUAAGCAAUUGCAGUGAAAAAAAUAAAAUGGAGUUUGCAAAAAAAAUCUUGAUAGUUUCAUGUGUAUGUUAACUCCUUCCUAGCCAAGAGGCUUUAUGUGUAAAUGCCAGAGGCACAAGCGGAGUGAUUAAUUGGCCAUUUUAUCCCAGCUGAAAAAUGAAGCUGUUCUGCUACACCAUGCAGCCACAGCCUUUGAAUAAGCAAAUGUUGACUGUGCAAGUAAAAAGUAUUUGAAGACACAAGUGCUUUGACAAUAAUUGUAUAUCAUCUCCGCUAUCGAGAUGAAGCAAGUGUAAGGAAAGGAGAUCAAAAGACCCAUCAUUGUAAGGCUUUCUUAAAUGUGCUUCAGGGGACAGAUAAUGAAAUAUGGAGUCCACAGACUGUUAACCUUUCAUUUAAUAAUGGUCUGGCCUGAAAGGAUCCAGAAAGCAACUGCUUUAUACAGUGGCCCCUACCAGCACUGUAGGGUGCUAAUGAUCUCUAAAUGUAGUAUGUUAUCAUGGGUAAUUGGGAUAAAUGUGGAAAAAUGUAAAACGGCAGAACUAGGCUAUUAACGGGAUCAUGCAUGAAAUUAACUUUUAACACACAUCUAUUUACUAUUUAUUUCAUGGAUCUGUUCUGUCCAUGCUUUUUAAUUAUAACUUUAGUUUUGGCUUUUUAAAACCCAUGGUUCAUUUUGUGUAUUCAGCUAUGCCCACGCAUUUUGAGGUCUGAUUCUUUGGAAUUCUUCUACAUAGAACACCAUAGGUGUAUUGAGUUUAACAAAUCCAUUUAAAAAAAACUGCUCAAUUUGUUCUCUGAAAGUCAUGUUUUAAUACAUUUAUAUUUGUAGUGACUGCUCUACCAUUUUUAUUUCUAACCUUGUUAUCCAGACAUUGGCUAACUUGUUUAAUGUUUUGUUGGUACAUGAGAUAAGUUAGGAGAAUGUUAGAUUUUCUUUGCUCAUUCAAAAGUGGUAUGGUUAGCUGAAAGUGUGUGUUGGAAAAAUCAACACAAGUUAUAGACUGUUUUUAAAAUGAAGUAUUAUGGGCAAUAGGCUAUUUUUUUGAUGGCGGUGCCCAGUUAUAAAUUACUUAAUAUAGUGUGACUUUGCUGCCUUUACGUCUCAAUCUUCCCGUCCGCUCCAUUUUCUAAUAUGCAUACACAAUUGUCUUUGCUUCGGCUGUGUUUUUAAAUCAUUAAAGCAUUUUGUUUUACUGAAUGUUUGUGCUGCUGAACCUUUAAAUGCUAGAAUUGUUAAAAAAAACAAAACAGCGAUGUCUAAAUCCAGCACUGUAUCAACAGUAACUACAGGCCUUGCUAGUAAUAAUGUUUACUAAUGGAAUAAUUGUGGCCUGACCUUCUAAUGGGGCAAUGAUGGUAUCCCUUCAAAUCAAUCAUUCUAUUUAAAAAAAUAAAUUAAAAAAAAUCUAAUUUAUGCUAGCCUUGUUUCUCAUACAGACCACAGGGGUGAUGAGGUUAAUUUUUAAUUCAAGUGCAGUACAAAUAAGCACCGAAUGUUUUACAAAUUUGAUACUGCAAGGUCACCAAGGUGCCCCUUCCAGUUUAACCCAUGAGAUACCCUAAAUGUCCUAUUUUAUAGAAGGUUCAGCGGUGUGUUUUAUCACCCCCUCGCUCCCACACCACUCCAUUCCCAAAAUUUGUCAGGUCCAGCUAGGGUUAACCCAUUUUUUCAUAAACAUAGCAUUUUUUCAUAAACAUAGCAUUGAGAAUGCUUUCCUAUGUGACCGGCUGAAUGCGCGCGCAGCCAGCCGACGGGGAGGAGAAGAGGAGGAUCGGAGGAGAGCUCUCCGCCCAGCGCUGGAAAAAGGUAAGUUUUUACCCCUUUUCCCCUUCCAGAGCCGGACGGGAGGGGGUCCCUGAGGGUGGGGACACCCUCAGGGGACUAUAGUGCCAGGAAAACGAGUAUAUUUUCCUGGCACUAUAGUGGUCCUUUAACCCCUUAAGGACCAAACUUCUGGAAUAAAAGGGAAUCAUGACAUGUCACACAUGUCAUGUGUCCUUAAGUGGUUAAUGUAGUUCUGGUGAGUAUAGCAUGUCCCUGCAGGCAUUUUAAUGUAAAUACUGCCAUUCAAGAGAAAAUGCUGUGUUUACAUUACUCCUUAUAGGAAAGCAUUGGAUUGGCUGAGAUUGUCAAUUAUGUCAGCCAAUCCCCCCCUCCCCACCCAAUCAGUAGUGUCCAGACAAAUGAAAUUAGUCUGGCAAGCAUGGUGAUUCCUGAGGUGCAUUGCCAAGGUUGUUCAUUGACCUUUUAUCAAUGAUGUUGGCGCUGCAGCUAUGGUGGAUUGCCUUUCCCUUGCAGCCGUGCCAAAUGGAAGCCAUAGCUAGCAAAUGAGAUUUGAGGUGCAAACUUUUACAAACUAUCAUUUUCUGUAUGUAAUUGAGGGAUUGCCUCUCACGCAUGGACAUGGUUAAAUGUCAGGAGAUAAAGCCUGCUUUCUAAUCAGAGUUGGAAAGGGGCGAAUUCUUUCUUUGAAAGCCAGCUGCAGAUACAUAACAGAAAAAUCCCAACUUGCACUAAGUUCACAAAGAUGUGCCAUGUUUAUCUAAGCUUGUCAUUAAAUGGCAGAAGAUAUUCUGGAACCUCUUUCCUAUUGGCCGUUCCCAUGGCGAGCAGCUGAUAAGUCACUGUCUUUUUUUUGAGUCUUUACUGUUUUAUUUAUAUAUAUAUAUAUAUAUAUAUAUCUAUCUAUAUCUAUCUAUAUCUAUAUCUAUCUAUAUCAAUUUUCUAAACCUAUUCAAUGUAUUUAGUAAAUCAAAAAGGAUUUUCUUAGCCAUUUUUGCAAAUAUUUAAUGAUAUUAAAUGCGAACACGUUGCAAAUAAAUCUUGUGUAUGCUUAAUGUAAGAGUCAAAUCAGAACACCUCUAGAUGCCAGCUUAUUAUUAAAUUGGAAAUGUAGUUCAGCUGCAGGUUUCAAAACCUCUAUUAAACCUUUUAGUAAAGGUUAAUCUGUUUAAAGCAUAUUUCUUGUACUUUGGGAUGGAAUAAACCGGAAUUGGGGGUUGAGGUUAGAUUCUAGUUGUGCACUGUGGGAGGUACAUCUGAAAGAUGUUUAUUUUGUUUAUAGAACUAUGUAAGGUUAUUUUAAUAGAAGAUUACUAUAAUGGGAUAAAAAGUAAUGUCAGUACAUUGUCUCUAAAUUUAUAUUGUGUGUAUUGGAUUUGCACAGCGAUUGGUAUUGGUUUUCUUUGUGCAUACCCUACACACUAUGGUUUAUACCUCAAUGGCUCUUUCCAUAGCAAGAACAUGUAAUACGAAGUAAUUUAAUUAUUCCCUGUCUCCUAUAUGCCAUCACAUUAGCGUUUAGGAAAGUCCCCUGUUUGUCAACACAAACUGCGAAGACCCUAUUCUGCGUCUGUUUGCAGUGAGAUGUCAUUAUAGGAGAGCAGGGCCACACUUGGCAUUCGCAAAUGAACCGCCACAUGUAGUAAAUCCUAUUCCGGCUACUUCAAUGGGACGUAGAUUAAUUGCACGUCAGCCUUCUUCAUAUACUACAACCUACAGCAAUUGUUUCUCCUGAACAUUGUCAGCAGCAAAUAUUUCCUUUUAUGCCUUUUGAGCCAAUGGGACCUAUAGUACAUCACUUUUACAUUUGCAAAAUGUCAUGUGUACACACACGGCUUAGCUUUCAAAAGAUUAAUGUACAGUGAGUCCUGAUAUAUAGAUAUGUAGAUAUGUGUGUGGGUGUAUGCGUAAUAUCUAGUCUCUUUGACAUUGCAGAGUGUACACAGUGUUAUAGUAAAUUCAUUUUACUAUACUGUAUAUUUAUGUAAGUGUUUACUAAAUUGAAUAAUUCAUUUCUCAGGGAAGCAAAGUGAAUACCAGGUACACAAUUUGGGUGCCUGUUGAAUGUUAACUGGUUUUAAACAAAGUUGCACUAUUCUUGUGUGUGUGUCUUUCUUUUUUUCUUAAAGACACCAGUGCAGCAUGCCUCAUUAGAUAAAAAUAUUAGUCACUUGAAAUCUCAGAGUAGACUUACUUAUUAAAUACUUUCUGUAUGCAGGCAGAGCUUUAGUUAAAGGGACACUCCAAUGCCAGGAAGACAAAUGCUUUCCUAUGGGGAUUUUAGCGAUGCUGGAGGUCCUCACACAGUGUGAGGACGUCCAGCGAUGCCAUAGCACAGAAAACCUGUGCUAGAAUUCCAGAAGUGCCCUCUAGUGGCUGUCUAGUAGACAGCCACUAGAGGAGGAGUUAGCCUGCAAUGUAAUUAUUGCAGCUUAUGAAAGCUGAAAUAAUUACACUUGCCGGGUUAAGGGUAGUGGGAGUUGGCACCCAGACCACUCCAAUGGGCAGAAGUUGUCUGGGUGCCUGGAGUGUCCCUUUAAAUAAAUCUUGCAUGUAUGAUGAGAUGGGGCAUAGACACACAGGUCUGCAGCUGUCCCAAAUCUGCUUUUAAUAUUAGUCAACAAUCUUUCACUUAUUUUCAAAUUUUUUGAUAGUUUCACCUUCAUAUCUUUUACAUUUUUUUUUUCCUCUUGUGCCUUUUUUUUUUUUCCCCAAAGUGAAAUCUCAUUAACAAUACACAAUCGUCCUAUUUGAAACCUCAAACCAUCAAUGUAGCAGAUAUUUUACAACCAGAUGGGAAAGUAAUAUUAGUUGCUAUGUUUUUUUCACAUCCCAUUGGCAUUGAUGGAAUAAACGUAACCUCCAUAGCGUAAUAAUUCAAAGUAUAAUUUAUAUUUUUCUUAGUAUUUUACAUUGAUGGCCAUUACUACCCGCCUCACUAUGGUAACAGAAACCUAAUCGAGGGUUAGGGCAUCAUUGAUAUUCCCUUCUGAUUAAUUAGCCUCUGAAAAUAAAGGGCCAAAAAUAAUAACUUCUACUGAAAUGAAGAGAAGGAAAAAAAAGGCAGCAAAUGGUGUGUUUCAUAACUUUUUAUUGUAUGAAAUAGUGGAGCUGGUGCUUUAAUGACCUGUCCUGAUUUGCCUGAGGGAAUUUCUUAGAAUGUAAGUAAAAUGUAACAAUCGGAUCCAGAUCUAAAAAUUGCUGAUAGCUUAAUUUGGCUCAUACAACUCACACAUGAAUUGCAUUGGUUUGCAAAACAAAUCAUUUUCCUUCCCUCCCUCCAUUACAUUUACUUCUUAACAGAUUUAAAUCUGAUGGUUGGUUGCAAGAUUCCACACCGACCCCCCCACCCCCUCCCCGUUCUAGGCAAGCACCUGCAUUACUUAAUUUACUCAAAUUAUUCAGGGAGGCAAAAUAAAUGUAACUGAUAAAGACUGUGUGCUGUCAGCAAGCUGGUGCACACAAUUAGAGCUUUUUCUAACCAGCCCUGGCAACAAUUUCAACAACCCAUAAUUACGGAAAUGCCAGUUAGGUGGAUUUUUUUUGUGUUUGUUUAAGCUGUGGCCUAAUUAUAGCCAUCCGUGCAAUUUGCAGAUACAUGCCAGAGGCAUUACUAAUUUUUUAUUUUUUUUUCGUAUCUCUAUUUCUAAACAUACCACAAACCUGAAAUCGGUAUCUCUGAUACUUAUAGGGUGCAGAAGCACAAAUGUAGGUUAGUGCAAACAUACACAUAUAUUUAUAGCCAGUAAGCAUACAGCCCUGGUGGUCAGUAUACUACAGCACAGAUGUGAGUGACCUGCUGUUAAGGACUAGGAGCCAUGGCUACCUGGCUUGUGGGAUUUGUCUAGCCCUGUAUAAAUCAUUUUUCAAGUGACUGUCUCAUGACUGUCUCAUGCAUUCAGCUAUGACUGCAAAAUCACAUUUUCCUUGCUAGGUAUCCUGGUAAAGGCUCCCUUCUACCUGUUGUGUUUAGUAUAGUGCAGCUGAAGAAUUUGAAAGACUAUCAUUAUAGUUUUUCAGAGGACUUCAAAUUUGAAUCAUAUGAAAUCUUACUCUGUUUAUAUUUUUUGUUGAGUAGGGAUACGUUGUAGCCUAUUGUAUGUUUAUAUCUAUUGAAUAACUAAUGAAUUUCAUUUUCUUUGCAUAAAACUGGAGUCAUAUUCCAGAUGUCUAAUCUGUAUUGUGAUCUCACGUCACUUGUACCCUUGCUACCAGUUAAGUCUAGAAGUUCUUAAAGAAGGUUCUAAGUAGCAUAAUUCCAAUAUGAGGUCAUGUGACACAAUCAGGUCAUUAGGUCCAUUGGAAUACGCUUUUGAAUGUUUUGUCCAUUUUGUAAGUGAACUUGUGAAACAAUUACACCCACAGCUGUUUUUAGAAAUACAACCUCAAUGAUGGUUUUAGUUCUGGAUAUACCUUUUGGACACCCCUUUGUAAGGUGUAUCAUUGAAUCUAUCUAAAUUGACAUUGAAAGUGGGCCACAGUUUGAGCAUAAAUGUCCCGCUAAUUUUGCCAGCCCAUUGUAUAAACUAAAGGUAUAUUUGUCUAGAGGUGAAUUUUGCAUUAACGUGAUCUGUGGAAGACUGGUUUCAAACCACUCAACGAAACUUUAAAAAAAAAAAAAGUAGAAAAGUCAUAUCUGAUUGAUUUCCUCUGCUUUGCAUGCUAAAGUACUUGGGCUUGAGAAGGGUAGAACAGUGGCCAUAAACGAUCAGUAUUUGACUUUUUAUUUUAUUUUUAAAAGCCCAGGUUGAAAAAAUAAUGAAUAAAAAUAAAUAUAAUGACCUGUUAAAACUGAACAAAAUUCUAACUUUGCAAAUUUUAUGGUAUACGUUCAAUUUAAAAGUUACGCCUUUUUUUUUUUGUAUUUAUAAAUCACAAAUAACAUAUACAUUUACAUAAAUGUAGAAGGCUCAUUUCUAAGCCAGUUUUCGGGACUAAUGUCUACUUAAGGGAUAGACUCAAGGAUAAUAUGUCCUGAAAUCACUGAUGACCAUUUCUUAUAUUUGCUUUUUUUAUGCCAGCAACCACAAUUAACUUUAUUCACCAAAAACUUGUGGUGAACAACCAGCAUAGCUGGUAAAAUGCUUUCAGUCUUCAUUUAUUUUAAACGAAGCAUGUCAAACUCAAAUUCUAGCACGGGCCACAUAAACAAAGCUUAAGUUUGUGGGCCGCAUAAAAAAAACGACUUAAAUUUUCAUAGAAAAGUAGGUUUUUUUUUUUUUUUAUACCGCUACCCCCAUAUACUAAACCCCAGUCCCCCCAUAUACUAAACCCCAGUCCCCCCAUACUCCAGUCCCCAUAUACUAGUACUAAACCCCAGUCCCCAUAUACUAAACCCCAGUCCCCAUAUACUAAACCCCAUUCCUCCCCAAUACUAAACCCCAUUCCCCAAUACUAAACCCCAUUCCUCCCCAAUACUAAAACCCCAUUCCUCCCCUCUACUAAAUGCCAGGCCUCCCCUCUCUACUAAAUGCCAGGCCUCCCCCUCUCUACUAAAUGCCAGGCCUCCCCCUCUCUACUAAAUGCCAGGCCUCCCCCUCUCUACUAAAUGCCAGGCCUCCCCCCUCUCUACUAAAUGCCAGGCCCCCUCUCUAAAUGCCAGGCUCCCCUCUCUACUAAAUGCCCUCCCCCUCUCUACUAAAUGCCAGGCCUCUCCCCCCUCUCUACUAAAUGCCAGGCCUCUCCCCCCUCUCUACUAAAUGCCAGGCCUCUCCCCCCUCUCUACUAAAUGCCAGGCCUCUCCCCCCUCUCUACUAAAUGCCAGGCCUCUCCCCCCUCUCUACUAAAUGCCAGGCCUCUCCCCCCUCUCUACUAAAUGCCAGGCCUCUCCCCCCUCUCUACUAAAUGCCAGGCCUCUCCCCCCUCUCUACUAAAGGCCAGGCCUCUCCCCCCUCUCUACUAAAUCCUAGCACACCCCUCUAGCCAGUCAAGCAGACUCCACUUACAUUGCCGCUGCCAGUAUGCGACUCCGUAGUCCGGCCUCUUGUAUUCCCCCAAAGGCACCGUCCGCACCCUGUACCGAAGCGGAUCCUCCCGCUACUUCUUGAAACCCUGUGAGGGCGAAGCACGUCGACUUCACGUUGGAAUGUGACGUGGAGUGCCUCUGUGCAUCUCCAGGUACUCCACUGUCCAGCCGCAGCCAUCAAAGCACUGGCUGGGACACACUCACUCACAUCAUUCCCUGGGGUCCAGUGGGAUCUGCUAUCUGAAGCUGUGUUCCUGCUCUUCACUGCUCCCUUGCGCGCAGUUUAGUGAUGCCGGAAUAUGACGUUAUAUUCAAGCGCCCGGCAUCACUACAGACAGCGCGAGGGAGCAGUGAGGAGCAGGAACACUGAGCUCCAAUCUAGACAUUGCAUGCUCACUCUGUACUUCAAAAACACACCCUGACACCGCAUGCUGUGGAUGAAAUGUGUAUCAAAAGAAGGGUCUUGUCCAGGUUUGUGGAGACAAGUAACUUGUAGUAAGUCCCCCUUUUUGGGAACACAUUAAUUAUGACAAACUUAAGAACUGCCUGGUGUCUGUCUUCAUCUGCCAUUGACGUAAGUUUAAAUCUUGUAGGAUCCAACUUAAUUUACCGAACGCUUGUUGAUGUUUAAUUUUAUGAAUCAGAAAUGAUUCAAUUCUGUGAGAGCACCUUUUCAAAAGAAGUCUAUGGGAAUUUUGGUAGAUAAAUCAUAUGAAUAUUUUUGUUUCUAAUUCAGACAAAUUAAAUUGAGGUCUUAAGGGACACUAUAGUCACCAUAACAACUACAGCUUAUUGCAUUUGUUCUGGUGAGUAUAAUCAUUCCCUUCAGGCUUUUUACUAUAAACACUGUCUAUUCAGAGAAAAUACAGUGUUUACAUUACAGCCUAGUGAUAACUACACUGUCCACUCAUCAGGUGCUUCUUUGGGCAGUGCUGCAGACUAAGCAGCACUGCCAUUCAGUGUCUUCACCCUCUGCUUGCAGACACUGAACUUUCCUCAGAUGUGCUUUGAUUCAAUUCAUCUCUAAGAGGGGAUGCUGAUUGGCCAGGGCUGUUUGACUUGUGCUGGUUCUAGCCCUGAUCUAUCUCCUUAACAGUCUCAGCCAAUCCUAUGGGGAAGCAUUGUGAUUGGCUCAGGCCACCACUUCUGAUGUCAGCAGACGGGGCAAAGGUAGCAGCUGCAGACUUGAACACAAGUAAGAUUUUACUAUAUUUAGGGAAGCCAGACGGAGCCAGGGGCCUAGAUGGUGGUUUUAACACUAGGGUCAGGAGUAAAUGUUUUGUGUUCCUGACCCUAUAGUGUUCCUUUAGUUCUUGUCAACAUAAUAUUCAGGGAGUUCUAGAAAGAAUCAUUGUAGCUUAGUAUAUAGAGUUUCUUCCCUCUAUUUUGUGGCCCAGUUUAAAGGAAUUAUUCCAACAAAUGUAGCUAUGCUAUAAGUAUGUACUCUAUAAAUAUAUAGGUUAAAUGUUCUCAUUUACUUGAGGCUGAUCUUGCUUUCCACACAUCCUAGAACCCCUGUGCUCCCCCUCCCCAAUCUCUGAUGAAUUAAAAUAUAUAUAUAUAUAUAUAUAUAUAGAGAUAGAGAUAUCUCUAUAUCGAGAGAGAGAGAGAGAGAGAUAUCUCCCCUGCAGAAGUAUAGCUUAUAGGUGUUGCACAUUUAGAGAUUUCUUUCCCAGUAUCUCACUUCUGAUUGCGGUGAGCGUAUUAUGCGAUUUCACACGCGUGUUAACCAUUGUUCACGCAUUGCAUGAACCCAUUUUUCUUGCAUCCCUUUACAAAGGGGAGUUAUUGAUUAGUUUGCUGGUGCAUGCUGACAAAUUGCAGAUUUUUCAGGCCACACAGCUCACUUCACAAUAGAAAUCCUAUUGCUUGUUUUCCUGUUCCCUUCCCAGCCAGCAUCCGCAGUGACAUGUCUGGAAUUGCAUUGCUUGCCAUAGUUUUCAAUUCAUUAUAAAUGUUCAAGUAUACAUUUAGACCAUGAGCACAGUUUGACCUUUCCUCUCUAUCUAACCAUUUCAACAUCUCAAAGGCCCGUGUUUGUAAAUUGCUCGUUCGGGCACCGUGACCAUUUAAGUAUGGGCCCUUCAUCAAAAGGUUAUCUGAUAGCAUUGCUUUAAUUUAGUGCUACUGCUAAAAUGGUUUGUGACUGUGCUUUGCAUUACACAUUCUGUCAAAAAUAACACUUUCACAACAAGCAUUAGCUUUAGUUUUUAUACCUGACUUGGUGUUUUUUGUGAUCGUACCAGCUUAUGGGGGCUGUAAAGUUUAACCCCUUAAGGACACAACUUCUGGAAUAAAAGGGAAUCAUGACGGAAUAUUUCCGUCAUGUGUCCUUAAGGGGUUAAUCGACACUUUGAUUCUUAACAUGUGUCCUUUUGAUCCAGGUCUCAAGGCAGUGCUACAGACCAUGUAUGUAUCUUGCAAUUGCCGCCUGGUGGGCUGUGCCAUAGUCCUUUUUGUGUUUAACCCGCUGAUUUACUUACAUUGUAGAAAUAUGACAAUAGUAAUCUAUCCAGAAUUUAGGAGGUACUGACAAAACCACUGACUAGUAAGCGAAAAUCUUGGAAGUUUUAACAUUUACAUAAAGAGAUUUCCAGGCACCCAAAAUGCGAAAGCCGCAGGCAGAUUUAUUGUAACAAAACAGACAGCAACGUUUCGACCUAACAAGAGGUCUUUGUCUUUUUUUUUUUUUUUUUACAUUUACAUAGACCUAUGCUAGCAAUGUGGUCAGAACAUUGUAUAGGUACAGUGUUGUUCUUCAUUGUUGCUUUGUGAGUAGGCAAAGCUAAUUUUUAAGCAGUCAUGCUUGUUAUCCACUGUAGUCCUGUGAGAGUUAUGGUGCUUACAUUUUAUGAAAUGCUUUACAUUUGUAGUGUUUUUUUUAUUUUUUUAUUAUUCACUAAAGACUUUUGCAGAAAAUCACACACUGGCCAGUGUCUGCAGGAAUAUUGGUCUGUCUUCAUUAUUUUAUUAGCACGAACAGGAUAUUUGAAUCCUGCUCUUUUGCAAAGUAAAAGAACAUACAUUUCUUUAUUAAAAAAAUAAAAUUUUUGUUCAACUAGUGAUCGUGAUGUUUUAUGCAGCAGACACACUGAUUUUUAUCCCCCCUCACCACUGGCAGUCAGACAGUAUAUGCAUCUGUCCAAGGCUGUAGACGUGGUUGCCUAUCUCCGUUUUUAAUAACCAUAUCCUAUCCUUGAAAUUUAGCUUUUGUCUCUUUAAGCAACUUGAUGAGCCUUUUGCCACUAAGGAUAGCGUGGCCAAAUGCCAGUUGUAAAAUAGUGCCAUUUUGGAAUGCUGAUGUUUGCUUGUAUUGUAGUCACUUGUGAAUAAAAUACUCUGCAUACAUUAACCCUUUAUUGCCAGGGAUGGCUGGCAGUACCCUUGGCAUACCCUACAUACACAGACCAGUUUUCUAAUGCAUGUAGCUAAACUGCAAACCAUAUGAAUGCAACGCAACACUCGACUCUCAAUCUACUGUGGAUUUUGAAUAUUAAUGUUUACAGAGUAUAGUAUCCUGACAAACACCCAGUAAGUGUCAUUUCUGUGUGCAUUUACCUUUGAGCUAAAAUGGUGUAUUUUGGACUCAGACUGGGAACAUUCCCAAUUACCUUUUUGGAUCAGAAUUAUAGAAUUCUUGAAUUCAUCUUGAUUUGAUGAGGGGACGGUUUGUUCGUCACACGUUAGUCUCAUAACACCAUCAAAACGAUGGGUGUCCAACCUUUUGGCUUCCCUGGGCCGCAUUGAGCGCAGACUAAUUGUCUUGGGUUACACACAAAAUCUAGAAUUAAUUUAAAUAAUUAAACUUAAAAACACAUUUUGUUUAGUAGAUAACCCCCUUAUGUUAUCCUUAUGUGGAAUUGCCAUAUUUAAGGAUACCAAAUUAGGGAGCUAUCUACUAAAUGCACACAUAUGUAUAUGGACACAAAACCACAGAUACAUCACAGAAACACUCAGACUUAUACGCACAGCAACAAAUAUACACACAAUCACAGAUCCACACGUACAAUCACAGACCUAUACACAGACAUACGCACACAUAAUUACAGAUGUACACAGACAUACACAUACAAUCACAGACCUACCCGCCCACACAAUCACGGACGCAUACACAGUCACAUACAAUCACAGACCUAUACACACUGAUAUACCCAUGCACAAUCAGACCCACACACACACAUACAAUCACAUACAUUCACACAUCACAGAUAUACACACAAUCACAAAUGCAUACACAGCCACAGAUCUAUAUGCACAAUCACAUACCUACAAAAACAUAAUCACUGACUUACACAAACACAAUCCGACAUACACACAGACCCCCCACCACACACAAUCACUGACGAAUCAUACACAAAAAUUACAUUCAUCACUGUGCCAGCUCACUGACACACACACACACACACACACACACACACACACGCCACCACACACGCACGCUCGCGCGGUGACAGCUCGUGGUCACUGACACACACACACACAUACAGUCACACACACAUACAGUCACACACACAUACAGUCACACACACAUACAGUCACACACACAUACAGUCACACACACAUACAGUCACACACACAUACAGUCACACACACACAGUCACACACACACAGUCACACACACACACAGCCCACACACACAGUCACACACACACAGUCACACACAGCCCACACACACACACCCCACACACACACACACACACAGCCCACACACAGUCACACACACACACACCACACACACACAGCCCACACACACACAGCCCACAGACACACACACAGCCCACAGACACACACAGCCCACAGACACACACAGCCCACAGACACACACAGUCCACAGACACACACAGUCACAGACACACACACCACAGUCACAGACACACACACAGUCACCACCUCACCACUUUCAGUCUCACACACACACACACACACACAGCCCUCCCCACAGUCUCACACACACAGUCUCACACACAGUCUCACACACACACACAGUCUCACACACAGUCUCACACACACACACACACACACAGUCUCACUCACUGAAGACUUUGUUUACUUUAAUUCUGACACGCCAUAUCACUUGAUUAGCAGACAGGAACUCUGUUACACUGUGUUUGGAAGCCUACGGCAAAGUGAUGCAUUCAACAUUUUUUUCUUAAUGCAGUGUAUUAGAUCUACAUAAAACGUUCAAGGUAAAUGGUCACAUUCCUAGUUUAAAUAAACAUUCAAUUGUAAACUCUAAAAGUGUGUUCGCAAUGGCAUUUUAAGUAGUAUUUUUAUAUGUACAUUGUAGAAUGCAUGUAGACAUUAAUCUUUAUAAAACCUGUGUACAGAGACAGCGGGUGAAGAUGGUGAGAGCAAAAUAAAUAAAAUCCCACUGUUCUACUUGCAUGGUACCCAGUAUUUGUUUUUCUGGCUGCUGAGCCAGUUAUAGAUUUUCCAUCUCGUAUGUAUACAAGCACAUUUAAAGACUUCCUCCCCUCACGCUUCAUACAUGUCGUGUUGAAAUGUCAUUUCAAGCUGUGAAGGAAACGUGUAACGUGCAGCACAAGUCAUUCACACGUGCAGUAACAUCUUUACUUUCUAAUACCGCACAGUCCUCUGGCUCACAGAGCUAACCAGCGCUCUACCUGAUAUCUAUAUUAUCCUAUGGAUUACAUCCACAUACUCUUUCUGAAAAAGGUGCUAUGCUGGAUUUAACUCUAAAGAUUGCAUAUAUCAUUAACAGAUUUGGCAGUCGGAUUGGGGGGGGGUGAAAUCAGCAAGUGGACAAUCUAAUGAAUAUAUUGCUGUUGGAGAUGUGUUUGCCCAUCAGCACCGAUUGACAGGCUGUUAGCCUGCUAAGGGCUUCCCAAUCAUGCUGUUGUAGGGUUAAAAUUAAGGGCCACUGCCCCCAGACCACUACAUUGAGAUUAAGUUGUCAGGACGCAUUUAAUAGUUCUUUAAAGCAUUGCAUUACAUACUUGAAUUUGAUUUUUUUUUUUUGCUAUCAGAAAUUUUCCCCGUAUAGCAAUUUAUAUAGCACCUUGACCCAGCGUAAACAGUUAAAUGUCAGAGCAACAUUUUAGGAAGCAAUUAUACCUCCUGCUGCAUGGCCUACUCACCAAGCACUCUGUAAGGCAGGGUGAGGGAUCUAGAUAUGUAAUUUAAGCAAGUCUUGCUGGUGCUUUUUGAAGCAAUCCUGUACCAACUAAUUGCUUGUUUAAAAGCAGUGUUGUCCUUGAAACAGCUGUCGUAAUUUGUGGUUACGAGCAAAUUGAGCAACAGAUAUAUAAUGGUAGGGAUUUAAUGUUUGGCUCAAGAAGAAUUGAAUAGAUCAGUUUUAAACAGAAGCAUGAAAUAACGUUUGCUCAAACUUCGGAAACAAAUAUAGCUGUCUUUAUUUAAAAUUGACAGUCUUCUUCUUGCUUGCUACUUAAAACAGCAAAAACCUGGCACAUUCAUACCUAUGUUAAAAAAACAAAACGUUAAACACAGUGAUUCCUUUGAUGUACUCUUGCAAUGACCUUUUUGAUGUGUACAGUUGCACUGAAUUAGUUAAGAAACAUUCAAAGCUAUGAUUACAGAAGCAUUGGCUAAAUUCUAUAAUCUCAAAUUAUAGUUUUUUUUUUUUAGUUUUUUUUAUAUAUGCUUCUAACCUGUUAAAUACACACUGUAUUUAAGGUUCCAAGACCCACCAUGCAUUUCUGGACACACAUAACUAUGAUAUUGUCUUUUUAUAUUUUAAUAGAGAUUUUAAUGGUAUUUGGGUGAACACCCCCCCACACCAUCACCAUUACACUACUUCAAGGUAAACAAAUAACUUAAUUUUAUUUUGGUUCAGAACUAAACAUACAUUAGGCGAUGUUAAAUAUUUCUAGCAAUGAAUCAGUAUAAAAUUACCUUCCAUAUUUAUAUACAUGGAGUUGUUGAGCUCCGUUCUCUGAGAUGCAUAUGUGGCCAUUAAUCGAACUGUUGAGUGGGGUACUUAUCCAUGCUAAUGGUGUUUGGUGUCUGUGUGAAUGGAAACAUUUUAUUUGCUAAAUAAUUUAGGGUCUGCUAAUACAAACUCCAAAAACUAAACUUUAGCAGCUGUUACCAAAUGCAGACGCAAUUCCCCUCCCGCCAUGCUGAUGUUAGCAUUUUUCUGGGUCUGUUGUAUUACCGCUUAGGCUUUCUAAGAAAUUUCUGAAACAUAGGACUGCUCAUGUGGAAUGCAUUGCUGACGGUCUGGUUUUAUAGAGCUCCCUAGCAAAAUUAGGGUGCCGUUCCAUGCAACUGCAAGUCUUUGUGGAAACUAGCAGGUUAAUUGCAUUUAUAGGCUUUUAUCAAAAUCCAUUUAAAAUGUGACAUGCGCUAGCAGAUGAUGUAUUGAAUCGAUGCACUCUCUUUCCCCAUAAAAUCUUGUCAAUCUUCUUCCCUCCUCCUCGUUAGGCGCAGGCUAAAUCCUCCAACAAUAAAUCCAUUACUCUUCUUAGAAUGCAGGUCCAAGAAAAUAACUACUGUAAGAGCAGGGCAGACAGUCAUACAAUCUCAGUUAAAGGGAAUUGAUAACAAGUCUCUCUUAAUCAGGUUUUUCCAACAUUUUGCUGAUUAAUCAUUGAAACUAGGAUACUCCUUGGAAUUCAGUUCUGAGCACUAAUAUGUAUCUAUGGUGUUCUGCAGCAUUUUUACAUUGCCAAACUAAUGGACUACAAAUGUUUAGCCUUGCCCUCCAAUCCAAGGGAGAAUUGAAACGGUGAUGCCAUGCUUUCUAAGUUUCCAUCUUUAGAACCCAAAUCCCCUGUUUCAUUUUUCUAUUAUCAUGCUUCCAAUAUUUCAUAAAUAACAGACUCCAUAUCUAUAUUUAUAUACCAAACUACCGCAUGUUCUUUCACUCUUAGAUUACUUGACCUCGUUGUCGCAAUGCCUUCUAGGAAUAAGGAAUUGAUGCCAUUUUGUUAUGUAGCUACAACUGUAGACCGUUCCCCACAGUCCCAUUGGGUUUAAGGCCUUCUGGCAUUGGUGCAGUGGUAUAUAAUUUUCUUCGGCAAGUAAUUUCCAGCUCAUUUUAUUGAUAUCCCGUUGCUUUUAAUGUGUGGCUGUAUACACAGUAGUUCCUGGUAACUGCCUCCAGCAUAUCUUUUAAAGUGUAGUUUAGGUUUAUAAAUGGAAAUGUGCUGUACGCCUGGUUUUAGGCCCACCUGGAACUCUCAUUAACUUGUUUGAUCUUAUUUUUUAACUAUUACUUUCUCUGCUUUUCCCUUGACGACAAAAAAAACCAAACAAACCCUAAUGUAAGCUAUGCAUUUGCUGAGUACUAGUUUAAAACAUGUUAUUGUAUAUGCAUUAAUUGUGUUUGUGUGUGUGUAUGCAUUCGCUUCUUUAGCACAUCAAGAUAGUGGUGUGCAUGUCUUGUGUGUCCACGAGCACUCAGGCAGCCUUUUGUUGCAGCUUGUGUAACAGCCUUUUGGUUCUGCCUGGGCUGCAUUUAAACACUGUAGGCACCCAGACAACUUUAGCUCAUUGAAGUGGUCUGAGUGUUGUGUCCCUUGUACUUAGUGCUGUAAUGUAAAACAUUCCAGUUCCAGCGAACUGCAAUGUUUACAUUGCAGCUCUGAGUUGCCUGUAGUGACUGUCUACCAGACUAGAGGGAUUCCCGUAUUGAAAGAGACCUUUGGUCCAGUAUCUGACGCUGGAUGUCCUCAUGCUUUGCACAUUUGCUGCGCAUGCUCAUUAGAGCAUGCUAGUCGCUUGAUGUCGGAGGGGGCCCUUGGCGCUGGGAUAAGGUAAGUAAAUAAAGGAAGGGGGCUGGCAGGGGGAGUGAUAGUGCCAAGAAUACAGCUUUGUAUUCUUGGCACUAUAGUAUCCCUUUUAAGGGAUGCCAGGUUUUCAGUGUGUGCCAGGCUGUAUUCCAUCCAAAUUAAAAAAGUAAAAACAUUUAGCAAAAAUGCACUCGAUUCAGUAGCUGAUCUUUAAUUUUUGAGGUUUAAAUUUAAUUUACAAGUGUCAAUAACUAUAAUGCGACAAUACUACUUUUGUGUAAUGUAGCUGCACAAGAUAAGAGCUAUAAUUUAUCCGCCUGCCUAAUAACUAUGCCACGCUUUAACUAUUCUGCCUAAUAAGUAUGCUAUAAUUUAACUAUGUCGCUUGCACUCUGUAUUGUAAUUAAACUUGUGAAACCUUUACUAUCCACAAACUGUAGUAAAGAAUGGCUCAUUGUAACCUUGUGUGUGUGUACACAAACUAAAAGAAAUGGCUUCCACAGACAUUCUCUGUGAAAUCUCAUGUCUAAAAUUAUAGAAAUAAAAACUCCGGUAGCAGAUGUCUGCAGCUUACUGUAUGUUCUACCAGAUGUUUAAGACCAUCUUCUGCUCUGGCUUAUAUUUCAAAGCCACAAAUAACCAGAAUUUACUUGUUUGUUAUAGGAUAGGAUGCCUUUGGGCUGGUCUUUUAGACCCUCUCCUCCCCGUAAUCCUCCCCACGAUAGUGUGGAUAUAGCCACAACAGUAUCUUGCAAAACCAUAUAGUUACCUACGCACUAUCCUAAAUCCCUUUAUACAUUUAAUUAACAUAGUUUCUGUACCACUGCAGCGGCCAUUAAAAUACAAGCUCACCUGCUUAAAGGCAAACCUUUUAGGUGAGUCCUAAACUAUUUAGCUAAAAAGCUAAAUCUCUAAAGAGACUUUGAGCACAGGGCAAAUUGUCUGUGUUUUUAUGACGCUAUACAUUCUUACAUUAGUCUCUUGCAUUCUGCAAGGCUUGCUCUACAACUCUUGAACUCUGAAUUUGUUAAAUAGACACUGCCGGUGUUUUAUUCAUAUUCAUGGAACACCUGCUUCAGUUCCUUUAAUAGCUAGUAUUGCAUGUUUGUGAUUUUUAGCAGCUUGAGUAGAACUCCAAAGCAAGAUGAUUUAUAAAUUUGGAUGGCAAACUGGUGUGUGUGUGUGUGUGUGUGUGUGUGUGUGUGUGUGUGUGUGCUUGUUAGUGCAUUUGAGAGUAUCUGUGACAGUACGCACAUUCAUGGGAGUGUGUUUCUGAAAUCUCUUGUUAUAUGUAUUCCUUUGCUUUUAUUGUGUUUUUUGUUUUUGUUUUUAUUGUUUCUUUAUAUUAAAUAUAUAGUUGGACUGGAAACGAGAGAGUGCAAAAAUGAUGUGCAUGUUUGUGUUUCAGCAUUUCCCCCUAGAAGCAGUUCUGUAUUAGUGUCGGAUAUUAUCUUAAACAUCUACAUCUUGUGGCAGGUUAACAAGCAUGCUUUCUAGAGGAUCCGUGCAAAAUGUCGACAUGUCAUUAUUCCUUGUCAGCUCAGCCCUCGCCUGCUAAGCAACAAGAAAUCAUUUCUGCCUGUGUUUUCUUUCUUGUCUGGGUUGACUGCAUACAUAUGGUAGUUAUUCUUUCUGCAGGGGACGGGUUUCUUCCCCUGUCUUUCUCAUACAGCUGUGCUUCUGAUUUUCUGAAGUCCGGGAAAGCUGGCGUGAUGACACUACAGUUACACAGGGGAUAUGAUGCUGUUCUCGGAUUUGAUGGGCAGCUCUGCAGGUUCCUAGCUGUCUGUAUGAGUUAGGGUUUCUACUAACCCUUUAAGUGUAAGAAAGUGAAAUACACAUACACUUUUUUUUUUUUUUUCCAUUCUUAUCAGUGGUAUAUAUAAUAAUGGUUUGCAAAACAUGCAGAUCUCUUGUCUGGUGCCUUUGCAAACCCUCCCCUUCUAACCCCGCCCAGGCUUUCUGUGACUGUCCAAUCACAGACUUACCAAUGCAGCUCAAUAUGAAGUCUUUGCAAAGCAGGUGCUCUGGGCAAUUGCUGCCACUUGAGUUUAGCUCCAGUGAGCUAACCAAACCAGGAAGUAACAAGGACAGUUGUUUGCUUGAAAGCCAAGGUGGUGUUACCAGGUUAAUUUAUAAAAGUGCUAAUUUCCUAUGAAAUCUGCACUUUUUGUAAAAUAAAAAAAAAAAUAGGACACACUCUUCACACACAAAGUAUUGCAGUAAGCUAAAGUGCCUUAGGGGUCUGGAGUGUCCCUUUAAUAGUGCCGUGGACACUGAAAUGCAGUAGUUUCCUAAAUCAUAUCUGUGUUAUGAACCAUUUUUAGUCUUCUGCCCAGUUCCAGCUCAGCAGCUUACAAGGUUUAAAUCAUGGAGCAGUUAUUUUUGUCUAAAUCUCGAUUGCAAGAGAAUAUACCUCUUAGAGAGAGAGAGAUUACAUACACACACACGCUCUCACGCUCUCUCUCCCGUAAACAUAGCAGUUUCUCUGAAACUACUGUGUUUACAGCAGGCAGGAUUAAUCCUAGAUGGACCUGGCACACAGACCACUUCAUUGAGCUGAAGUGGUCUGGGUGCCUAUAGUGGUCCUUUAAUAUAGGAAUUAGGAAAGCAUUGGUUUGGCUGAGAUCAUCAAUAUUGAUAAUCUCAGCCGCAGUAAGCCCAGUGCGGUGUGGGGAAAAACUCACUCUGUCUCUGUCUCCGUCUUUCGCUGUCUUAGUAUUUGUAUGGUGCUGACAUCCACGGCUUGCAAACGUUGUACUGUCUUGGUUAAUAGAUGGCACCUGACCAAACUUGGUAUAGAGAUGUCUGGUUUUAUCAGCGAGGUCUUUUUCAAGCUCGAAACGUUGCUGCUCUUUCUGUUCUAUAAAAAAAAAAAUUAUAUAUAUAUAUAUAUAUAUAUAUAUAUAUAUAUAUAUCUCUAUAUCUCCCGCACUCACGCUCCAAUUACCCUUGUUGCCCGGGUGCCAGCAAGUAAUAGCCGUCCAUACAAAAAUCCAACGAAUUGCUGCACUCACGGUGAAUAAAAAUCCAAGUUUAUUGAAAAUAGAUUAAAACAUCUACGACCCGGGUCGUAGAUGUUUUAAUCUAUUUUCAAUAAACUUGGAUUUUUAUUCACCGUGAGUGCAGCAAUUCGUUGGAUUUUUAUAUAUUUAUAUAUAUAUAUAUUUAUAUAUAUUUAUUUAUUUAUUUAACACUAGAGUGCCUGGAAAUUUCUUCUUUUUUGAAGCUAGAGUGCUGCUCCAGGUCUUUAAAGUUCUAAGUAUCACCAACAUUUUCUGCCAUCUUGGUUUUCAAGAUCUGACGAAUGCCUGGUCCACAUAAAGAAGGGAAACUGGAGAUUGCUUCCUGACAUUACUUCAGUUAAUAAAUCACUAACCAAAAAAUCAGAAUGGACUACUCUAUUGUAGUGCCUAUAGUACCUGGUAGUGCAAAUUAAAGGAAAAGAUAAAAGGGGUCAAACCACAGAUUUCGGGUGUCCCUACUGAUGGGAACAUGGAAUUUUGUAUAACUUAAAACAUUCAUGUGGCUGUCACAUGUGCAUCCCCAGCUAUUGGAAUCACAAACCGGAAUGUUUAAUAUAAGCCACUAAAGAAACCUUACCGAUCUAAAGCACCCAGCAUCACUUUAGUUCCUGAUUUCUUACAAACUCUGCUUCAUCAUGCCAUCAGUGAUUUAAAUAACAUCUGCUUUUCAUAUGUCGUAUAGCAAUUUAAACAUCUGGGAUGGUGUUAAUUUAUCGUCCUAUCUUCAUGUUAAAGUUUAUUUUUUUUUUCUUCUUUCUUAUACCUUUUUUUUUAUUUAUUGAUAAAACCCUAUUUUACAUGUGUGGUGUUCAGUAGUGCUGUACAUUUCAGAUAACCUGUUGAUUAGGAAUGAUCAGCAGGUGGCGCUCCAGCCGUGGUGGAACUCUUAAGUUCAAUUAAGUUCAGUAUUAUCCUUAAAGAAAAUAAAAAUGUCCGUGGCUGGGUAAGCAUCGCACAUUGCUCAGGAGCUGAGUACCGUGGCUUUUCCUGGUGAAUUAUCAGUGGGAGGUCUCGUACUGCCAUGAUGAGAUUUUAGCAGGUGCAUUGAGCACUGUUUGAUAAAAAAACAUUUUGUGUUUAAUGAAGCUUUUACUCCAGAUGCUUCGAAAAAGUAGAGUAAAGCAUUAGAUAUUUUUAAAUUUAGACUUUUAUUUCUAAAAUGCGAUGGGAGCACCACUUGUGCCUUGGUAUUAAUUGAAACUGCUCAGCCCUAGGACAUUUCAGUGUGGCAUCUGAGCUGGCAGGACGUAGAUUCAUGCUAAUGCUUAGUUCUAGCUCGGUUAUUUCUGAAAGCUGCUGUUUAUCCUGAAGGUUGGAAAAGCAUUCUGGGUGUUGUAAUUCUAAAACGGUAGCCUUACGUACCUUUUGGUCAACCCUACUAGAACUCAUUGACUAUGGUGGCACAAGUUGCCCUCAAAUACAUUUAUUUUAUCUUAUCAGUAGUCCUUUAUUUACAUUUUACUGUCAAUGCCAUACAAAAGUAACAUUCUGGAACUGAAUGGGUUAUAAAGCCUGUGAUUUAAGCCAUUAGACAGCCUGCACUCCUAAACCUGUUUUUAGCAUGUCAUUUUACAUUACUCGUCUGGAAAGCUCUGAAAAACAGACUAAUAAAGACAGUAAAGUAACUGGAUAUCACAUUACAGUGAUUUACAGAAUGGGUUAGAACUGAAUAAUACCCCCUCCUUACUCAAAUACGUUCCAUAUUAACAGUAGGCAUUUCCACAAUAGUGGGAAAUAAUAGUAUGUCCCAGGUAUAAAGGAAUGGGUAGUUGACCCCCUCUUCACUUGCUGGACACAUACAUAAGAUGGACGCUUUCAAAAGGCCAACACUAAUUUGAAUUAUUGUGCGUUUCUUUCACACCACACAACCUAAAUUAUUAUAUACACAUGAAUACAAUACAAAAGAGCAAUCUAGAAUUGUAAUUAAAGGGACACUCCCCACUGAAGGUUACCCAUUCUUUUUAAAUUUGUUUUAUUGUUAAUGCAUUACAACAUAUACAAUAUAAAGGCGUUUGGCAUUUUAACCUGAUGUUCUCACCCAAGUAGGCCAUGCUUAUGCUUAACUUUAUAUUGCAGUGGUGAGCGUAUACUACAAGCAGUACUUUAUACGAAAAGCAAGGAUUUGUGAGAAUAGUAAAAGAGAACAAAAUGGGAAAAGCAUUGCUGCUUGAUAUGUAUGGGGACAGAAACUGUGGUUUUUUUUGAAUAUAAACGCGUGUGGUUGCCAGAAGCAUCCCUUUAAAUAAAUUCAUUUUAUUUGAAAGAUUCAGGGAUUCUGAAACUGCUACACAUGUAUUUGCCAAUUACUGAGGGUUGACUUUGUAAUAAAUUACACUGGCCUGCAGACCAUAUUUACCAGCAGGUUCAGAUCUGCAGUUAUAAUUUAGAUUUCUAUGAUUAAACCAAAGGGAACUCGGCAGUAAAGAUACAGUUCUAAAUAAAGGAUAAAGCAUGUGCUUUUGGAUAGGAUACAGACAGGCUGAAAUGGCCAAUUCUUUGCUUUUAUCUGCUGGCCAAAUCUGUUUCUGUGCUUACAUUUAUUAUGGAAUAAACUGAUGGUACUACUGUAUACAGCGCAUCAGAGACUCAGAAAUAAGCUGAAUAGAACUGUUGUUUCUUUUAUGAUUACGUUCGCCUAAUGGCCUAAACAUGAUGCUUUAUUUAUGAUUUUGGAUCAUCUGAAAUUGAUGGAAAUUUUUUUAAGUAACAUGAGGUAAAUUUUCUUUUUCUUUCAUGUUACCAAAUGAGGUUAAUCCAUGCUGCUUGCAUGACAGAUCUUCCUGUUUCUGAGAGUUCGGUGGUGUAUUUGAAUUGGUGAUAUUCUGCUGUUGGAAUAAUUGCCCAUGAGGCAAAGAUUUGACUAGAAAGUUUUUGCUUACAACCACCUAUCGGCAAGCCUCGGGGUCUGUGAACGCAGAAACUAGGAAGAUGGCUUUCUAUUCUAUUUAUUUCUAUUGAGAGAGAUUCCAUUAGCAAGUAUCCUUUUGGCUGAGAAAACUAUUCUACUUUAGUAGUGACCGUCUUCCUUUUCCGUAAAAUGACUGGACAAUUCUAUUCUUGUGGAUACCAAAUGGUAUAAUGUACUUAAAGCAAUCCACACUAGGGCCUUCUUUCUCCUAGUAUAAAAGAGUAAUGGGAACUUUAUUGUCCCCAAUAAAAUAGCCAAUACUGCAGAUAUUUUAUUCUAAUUCCUGAUGCAUUCUGACUUACCAGAGAAAAUCUAUUUCCAAGUGCUGAAGCAUUUGAGCACCUCUCCACUUUAGGUCACUAUACGACAUCCGAAGCAGCCAACAUCUUGGCACUGCAUUUGUGGCAAAGUAAUUUCCCUUGAUGAUCCGCUUGCCUAAAUUAUCAUGGGCCGUGAGUAUCACGCAAAUCUGCUCCUUCACUGGACAAGGAGUGGAUGUGUGUGUAUUUUUUGCUUUAUCUUUAGUUUAUUUGUAUAGUUAUAUUUUCCAGAGUGAACUAUAAAAAUCAUUCAAGCUCCCAGAGUCCCUUUGUUCAGGGAUGUCUUUGUGAUUUAAGUUGGAAGUGAAAUGAGUUAUAAAUAGUCUGAAAUAUUGCAUAUUCAUUGCAGAUUAUAGCCUGUUCUAAAUGGUCAACUUUAUUGUGUCAAAUAUAGAGUGUAAACAACGCGGACUUAAAGGGACGUUAUAGACGCCCAGACCACUUCAGCUUAUUGUGAAGUGGUCUGGGUGCACUGUCCCUGUCCCCUUAACACUGCAAUUUUUGAUAAACAGCAAUUAUUGCAUUGCAGGGCUAACUCCUCUUCCUUUGGCUGUCUACCAAACAGCCACUAGAUGGACAUCCGAACGGUUUGGCGACUUUUUGCAUGAGGACAUCCAGUGUCGCCCAAAACCCCAUAGGUACUCAUUAUGCAAUGCUUUCCUAUGGCGAAAGUUCUAAUGUGAGUGCGGCCCUUAACUAUUAGGUUAUUCAUUAAUAAGUUAUUCAAAUAAUGUAGUAAUCCUUACUAUGCAGGUGUUCAUUUCAAUACCUAUUUUUGUACAUUAUAUUGUGCUCCUAAAUAUGAGAAUCACGAAUAAAAUAAAAAAUAUCUCCUUUUAUAAAGGAUUGUAGUUUUUUUGAGAGACUGUAAAGUUUGGAUAUUUAUUAAUUGGAGGUUUCAUUUCAACUUUGCCAACAAAUUGGGCUAUUUUUCUGCACACUCAGCCACUACUGCUUAUAAAUCCUAUAUCUGGGUCGAGUUCAGCCUUUAACCGUUACCGCUAGAGUGACCAUACGCUGUGAUUCAUGUGACAUUAAGGGCACUUUGAUACUGUAAUUCUUAGCUAUACAUCUUACAUACACUUUGCAAGGAUCUUUCAUUGAAACACAAUAACUUUGUUGCACAAAAAAGGUUUUCACCUGAAGUCCCCACUAUAUUUUGGCUUUGUCACUUUUUUGAUCACUUCUGUCAUGCUAACAUUCUUUUUGCUUGUUGCCUUUUCCACAGAGGAGGCAAUGAGUCCUCUAUAAUGAGCAUUAUGGCUUUAUAAUUUCAAGGCAGCUCGUCAUUUUAGUAAUAUAUAUUCAAUCCUCUUGAUGUUAAAGGAACAAUAUAGUCCUCAGAACCACUACAGUUUAAUGUAGUGGUUCUGGAGCCUAUAGCAUGUCAAUGAAGGCUGAGCAUGGUAAACAGUGUUGACAUUGCUAGUGGCAUUCACUCAGAGGUGCUUCCUAUCUCAGGACUGCACAUUCUGCGUGGAGAUGCUGAAUGCUCCACAUAGAGAAGUAUUGAUUCAAUGCAUCUCAAUGAAGGGAUGCUAAUUGGCACAGUGCAUAUAGCCUCCCAGUGCUUUAAAGGACCACUAUAGUGCCCUGAGGGUGCCCCCACCCUUAGGGUCCCACUCCCGCCGGGCUGAACGGGGAGGAAGGGAGUUAAACACUCACCUUUCUCCAGCGCCAUGCUCACUCAGUGCUUUCCUAUGGACGCUGGUGUCUUCUCACUGUGAAAAUCACAGUGAGAAGCGCCUCUAGCGGCUAUCAAUGAGACAACCACUAGAGGCCGGAUUAACUGUAGUGUUAACAUAGCAGUUUCUCUGAAACUACUAUGUUUACAGCAGGUCCUAGAUGGACCUGGCACACAGACCACUUCAUUGAGCUGAAGUGGUCUGGGUGCCUAUAGUGGUCCUUUAAUAUAGGAAUUAGGAAAGCAUUGGUUUGGCUGAGAUCAUCAAUAUUGAUAAUCUCAGCCACGGAGUUAGGGCCAGCCGCAGUAAGCCCAGUGCGGUGUGGGAAAAACACCAAUGUCAGGAAUACGCUAACGGAGCAGGUUCCUCAUCACUUAAUUCAAUUCACUUACUUUAGAAUGUUAUACUUUGCACAGCAUGGUAGAGUAUAAUGGCACUGUAUAAAUGACAAGAUAUACAAUAUACGGUCAAACCUAGUCUCACAUUUGAUAUGCCAAUAUCUACCAGCUAUAUCAAAGAGAAAUUUGUGUUGCUCCUAGUAAAAUGUAUUCCAAGAAAUCAAAACGCUAAAAACAAAUUCAACUUUAUCAGAUUUCUUGCCUGACAUGCUGUCUAUAGACAUGUCAGAAAUGAAAACAACUUUAUAAAAUAGUGAAAUUCAGGCCAUAUUUGUCCAAUUAUUGUUUCCUAUCCUUUAAACAGAGUUACUGUAUGCAAAAUUCCCUUUUCCCUUGUUUUUUGCCGAAUCUGUUCAGAUGUGUUUUAAUGCCUGGAGCAGAUGUGCCUCUUAUCAUUAAAAAUGGAUUAACCUUACUGCUGAUAACUUUGCGUGGGAUUGUUUCAGCCUCAAUAGUGUCUAGAAGCUUUUCCUCAAGCUAAGCACAGGAAGAAGUUGAUCUGUUUAUUUUUUUUUUUUUUCGCCCUCCUCUUCUCUGAAAAACGCUAAGAAAUGAGAAAUGUAUGUGGUAUUAAAGAAACCCUGCAUGGGGGUUCAAUCAUUCACUAGAUAUUUAUGGGUCAGGCAGGUAUGAAAAUGUUUGCUUGCUUAUAUUGGCCACAGCACUAGUUUCUACAGCUACUGUAAAAGCCUGCCUACACACAGGAGCUCUGUAGGCACAUUUAUUCUAAUUUCAGGGAGCUUGUGAAAUAAGUAGAAGUUUUAGCCUUACUCUUGUUUUGAGCUCCAAUUCAAAGCAAGUGCAGCAGGAAAGCCUCCUUGUGAUCUGACAGCUGGGACGGAUGCGACAAUGGUGAUUUAUAAAAGUGUCAUUUUCUCUUUAAAUAAACUCUUCUCACAUAAGCUGCAAUUUAACACUAAAGCACUUCAGCAUGCGAAGGUGCUUCAGGUGUGUGGUGCAGCUUAUCAGGGAUGGUAUCUUACCAAUAUAGCACUGCUAGUAAUGUCUUGACGUUAAAGGUCAUCAACUCAGCAUUUAAUUCUUCAGGGCUCUUUAAAAUAAACAUAUGUUUGUAAUGUUAGCAACUAUUUACCCCCUGCUGGUAUGUUAAGUCAGAGCAUGCAUCAGGUACUUUGGUUGUCCUUUGGGGAAGCGGCUAUGCAAAGAAUUAUUAGAAUUCUAGAACUGCGUCUUGACCUUGACUGGUAUCUAACCUAUUGAUCCCCAUAGUCACAAAGGCAUUAAUUCAGCUAGUAGUUGCUCAAGUCAUUUAAUGUUUGUGUCAUUCUGUCUGAUGUCCCUUGAUACAAGCAGGGUUUAUUUUUUAUUUUUUUGUGCCUCUAGGGAUUCUCACACUCCUAGUCUAACCCCAGAACUCUAUACAUUGCUUGCUUGGAUUUGGACAAAAGUGUCAGGAAGUUAAUCCCUCCUUAAAAGAUCACACCAAGCAUCCUAACCCCUACACACACUAUUGUACAUUGGCCCGGUUCACAUAGGAUCACCUAUAUAACUGAAAUUAACUUCUUUGUUUAGCCUGCUUUCAAGCAUGGAUAUCCACAGAUCGAGAACUUUGUGUGAACUUUCGUUGGCUUCAAUUUUAUUUUCAUUUACAUUAAAGUGUGCUGUUUGUGAUCAAAACCACUCUAGCUUCUGUGGUUUAAAAUGUUUAUUAAGCUCAGGUGUAAGUGUUGUAAUCCUCAUAGGCCACAACAAUCGCUAGCAGUUACCGGUCUAUCUAAACAUAUCAAAGAUAAAAAUAACGAACAAGAAGUCAUUACAAAAUUUAGUUUAGCUUGUAUUUUUUACUCCAGUCUGAACGUUUUUCUCAUUGUUGACUUGCACUUCAUUGUCCAAUCCCGGAGCAUGCUAAAACUCCCGUGACAGUGGCGCUAUACAAGCAAUGUGAAAAAAUGAAUGACUGCAUUCUGUGUAGCAAGCAUCACUUGAAAUCAGCACAUACUUGGAACGAGUUAUGUUUCACUUACUCGAAUGGACAUCUUGAUGAUACGGAUCUUAGAUACUGCGCUCAUUGCCUCUGGCAACUUCAAAUCUAAAACGUGUGGGAAGAUUAAGGAUAAACAAAAGCAGAUGCCCAUUUGAUUGGAGUUCUGCAAUCUGCCAAAUAAAGUUAGCUGUCUUGCCAUAAAAUUAAAACCUUUGAAAAAAAACUUGUGUAACAAUGUUGCCAUACAUAUAUCUAAAUCAAACCCAAACCUUUCAUUUUCCUUUCCAUUUGACUAGCUCUGGUUUCCUGCAUUGCUGUUACGAUCUGUUACUAUUAGUGUUCAUCUUCAUUUGUUUUGCUUCGCCCUUUAAAAUAAUAAAAUAGCCAUGCUGCUUACAUGUUUGAAACCGGAGGGGAGGAUAGUUUAACCGUGGUGUAACUUAUUUUACAUUUUUUAUCUCCUUUGGCAUCUACAAAUUUUGACACAUGUAAUCUUGAACUUCUUAAAACUGACUUGUUUUCACCUUCACAGAAUCUGUUUUGUAUAUCGUGGAACAUUUUAUACAAAACAUAAUGUUAGAACUACUCAACAGGUUGCUUAUAUUCAACAGUGAGCCAUAUAUUGUAGAAAAAUAAUUUGUAUGGGGUCUUCGGAGAUCUUAUAAAAACCACAAGACCAAAUGUCUGACACAUGGAGGUAUUGGGAAAACCCAAUAAAAUGAAAUCUUCUAAGAUGUUCUUCAAUGUUAUGUAAAUGUGAAAGUUUGGGUUAGGAUUGCUUUCAUCUAAGCAGCACUGAUGCAUACACGUCCCAAUCUACCUGAUAUUGAUGAGUUUCCUUCGAAGUAAUCUACUGCUUUUUGCAGCUUACAUCCUAAAUUCAGCCCCUCUCCUGGUAAUUAUGUAUCAGGAGGAGGAGCUGGACAGACAGAAUUGAGCUACUGGUCUCCUCAGCUUCUUCCACCAUCUCAUUUUUAGGAGAGGACUGAAUUUAAAUGGCAGUACAUACCUGAGUGUAGCUUCCACAAAUGUUGUUCAUGUUUGACAUAUACAUGGUCCCUUAAGACUAGAGUCCCCCCAGUAAAACUCUGGCUGAGUUAUCACCGACAUACCUGUAGGGCGUUUAAGGUAAAUGCAUUUGAAAUUAUGGCAUAGGGAUAUGAUCGCAUACAUUGUUGGUCAACCCUUUGGUUUCUUACAUAAUGCUAAUGAUGAGAUUAGUCCAACAUUGAAUCUUACUAUUGUAAUGCGCCACCUGUGACAGAGAUGGGAUCAAACACAAUCUGGUUAAUACUCCCAUGUAACAUACAUCUCAUUCGUGUAUCACGCACUAGCUUUUGAAAACAGAGCAGAAAGACCUUCUCUGAAAUUCACAGCAUGGCACACACCAUACGUAAUGCUUUUAUUAGAGGCUUAUUCCCAACUAAGGUCUUAGCGCAGCAUUGAAUCUGAAUUGUGCCAUAAAUGAAACCGACCUUAGAAAAAGUAAUUUUGCAGAUGGGGGAACAAGCACUGGAAUUUUAAAGUAAAUCACUAGUUGCUUACAAAAUCUUUUCCGUAGCAAUUUGAUGACGGUUAGCUUUGCGUCCAAGGGUUUACAACCUGCACUGCUUUUGUUCGUUGGCAUGUGUUUGCUGAUAGCAGAUUUUACAAUUGUUUUCUCUAUUUAUUCUCCUAUGCAGUUCAGUAUCAGAUGGAGAUGAUGCGUAGCUUGCGUCAUGUCAACAUUGACCAUCUUCACGUUGGAUGGUACCAGUCCACAUACUAUGGCACCUUCGUCAGCCGAGCUCUCCUGGAUUCCCAGUUCAGUUACCAGCAUGCCAUUGAGGAAUCUGUGGUUCUCAUUUACGGUAAGAAUGUUUACUCCCCCCCUUUCCCAAGUCCACAUUGAUACUAACAUUUUUCACUGUGCUACAAAGUGCUUAGUUUUUGUGUGUGUAUGUGUUGGAGGGUGAGGAGGGGGCGUAAUGUCUGAGGUAGCCUGGCAGUCCCUUUUAAGUAAAUACCAACCCCAUGUCUGCAGCAGCAGCACAGUCUAGACAGAGUUUCCUAUUCUGUGUUUAUUUUUCUUGCUAUCAGAGCCCUGAUGUGUACACUUUGGAAUGCUGAAUGAGAGUAGCCGCUUCAUUUUUAUUCCUGCAUCUCCCUCGUCCCUUGGUGAAGGCUGGUGGAACCAGACCAGAUGUCUAACAAACCUCGAUUACUGGGAUGUCUGGCUCUGUACUACGUGACUGACCAAUCAUAACACAAUUUGCCAAGUUUUUUUCUUUUUUUUUUUUUUUUCUUCCCUCUUCUCUCCCUUAAUACCUCUGACAGGGGCGCACAGACCCUGCUCUGUUUCCCUGAACACAAACAUUUUUUUCUCUUUCUGCCGGUUUAAUGGUGUUUCCUCAAGCUCUCCAGACCAGAUGUUCUGUGCUGUAUCAGAACCAUAGGCAAUUUAACAGCUUUAUGGCUCCCUCCCCCCUGAAAUGCUGUGUUUGCCAUAUCUGGCAGUCUUGCAUAUAGUUUCCAGCUGAGCAGUGAAUGUAACGUCCCCGCGUAUCUGUCAGAAAAAAUACUAAUGAAUGUAAUCAAUCUUACGAGCUGCCCCCAAAUUAUUUCAGUAUGUUAACAAUUGGAUUACAGUAAAGAACAAGUUGUUAAAGUAUACUUUGUAUUGGCUGGGAACAUGACAUCACAGCCUGAUGACUUUUCCACUUGUUUUUGUAUGUUGUCUCAUUUUGUCACCUUUUCGAUGUGUAUAAACGCCUCCUGGGAUAAUGAAGACAGUCAGCCCUUUGUAGGUCUUACAUGGUUUCUAGAGUGAAUAGAAGCAGUAUUUUCAGAUAGCCUAGCCAAGAGUUUUGUUUCAUGAAAUAAGAUUUUCUGAGUGCUGUUCAGUGCGAUGAUAAAAAGCUUUUUUUUCUUCUUUUUUUUUAAAUUCCAAAUCAUUCUAAAUUUGCCAGACCAGAAGCAAGCUAUCUUGUGAAAUAUAGGACAUUUUGAGGAAAUUGUGAAUUAUAUUGAGUUAGUAGCUGAUUUGCAACGUUUCCACUAUGCAUUUGUUUUGGUUUUAUUUUCUUCGAAGUCACGGUUUAGUGGAUAUCCACAUUACCUAAUAGUUACAACAGGUAGGGCUUUCGUAACACAUUGUCUCCCGUGGGGACUGCCUAUUUGCAAACCCUAAUAAUACCCAACGUGUAAGAGUAUAGUGUACAAUAUAUAUCAUUAAAAAGAUGGAUAAGCGUUAUCCUGAGCAUGCAUUUCUUAAAACCGAUGCUGCUAAAAUCAACUUAAAAAAAAAAAAAAAAAAUUUAAGUAUGUACAUAAUUAAAAUGUUUCAGGGCCAUUUCAUAAGGAGAAAAUAGAGAAUUUGGACACACUAUGGCCAUAAGAAAAUUUUGGCCAUAAGCAUAUUGUGCUGUGCUCACCAUUAUGACAAAGAUCUACAUUUGAUAAAUAUACUAUUGGCUGUUUCGAUUAUUCUUUGGGUAAUCUGGUUCAAAGUCUCUUAUGCAAUUCAUCUGCUUUUUACUCAUCUACAUCAUAAAGGGUUAAAUUCUAGUGCUGUGGGGCUGCAAUGCCAGAGGCCAAGAUUCUUCUUCUAAUGGAGAUAAAAUCAGUGGCUAGGUCAGCACAUCUUUAGUACUACAAGUUACAAGCAAGCUACAAGAUAUAGAUAGAUAGAUAGAUAUAUACAUAUAUCUCUUGUAGCUUGCUAAAAAUAUAAAUCUUUUUUUUUUGGGGGGGGGGAAGACUUCAAUUUUACAUGCACAGUGUCAUGUAGCAUAUUUCUGCAUUUGCAUUAAUAUUUUCGGAGGUUGUAGAAACCUCUCUCCUGCAUGCCUACGAAUGUGAUUCAUUGAAUCAAACAAUAGAGCGCACUGCCUGCAGUUGCUAGUUUGCCAGUCAUAAAAUAGAUUUUAUUUAUCCCUACUUAUGCAAGGUCCUCACCCGCAAGCACUCCAGAUUUUUUUACCAAACCCUGUGUGCCAUAAAUAUUCAAAAGAGCUAUAGCGUGAAAGGAACUCAAAUCAAACUGGCCAGUUCAUAGAAUUGCACCUUUUGGCUGCUCUUUUAACCUUUACCGGUGUCUGCGCCUCUGGACAUGAGGCACACAUUGUUUGCUUGGAAGCUAUCUCUGAUUCUCUCUGUGAACUAAAAAGGCAGCUCAGUGGCCAUUGUAUUCCUGAUUUGAGAUUCACGGAAGGCGUGCAGUGUGGUGAAGGAACAUUGUAGUCUGCAUGCUAAUAAGCAGAGCAUUGAAAUUGGAGUUAUUUUUCAGCGGGCUGCUUUUCUCCUCCUUAUCACUGGUGGAAGCAGCCAACGGCAGACGAGACAAAUAGAUUAACUAAUUGUCUUUCUGCAUAGCAUGACCUCCUUGCAUUAUACACCUCCUGAUUAACCUCCAGAAAUUAUGGAUUAUACAUCGAUGGAGGGGGCGCCAGCAGAGUUUAAUAAAACAAAACAUGUUAUGGUCUGUUGGAGUAUACCUUCUCACGGCUAUCUCUUAAGGAUCCGCUGGCUGAGGAUAGUUGUAGUUUGAUUGUAGAUUUUAGCCUGAAAGGCCACAGUUGUUCAGUCCACAUUCAAAAUGUGUCACAUUGGCGUGAACGGCCUGAGUUAACCUCUGCAAUGAAGUGUUUGUUUUUUUUUUUUUUAAAGGAUUAAUGCUACUAGAUGGUAUAGGGAAAUCUGAAGAUUUUCUUAAAAGGCUGAUUUUCUGGGAUUCUGAUGCCCAUACUCCCAUCAUUUUCUGUAGGACUGAGCAUAUCACAUUAGAAUCCCAGACCCACGCCACAUCAUUGUCUCCAUUUGUCCCUCUAGUUUAUUAUACAUUCAAAAUUUAAACUAUAUGUUGAAACUAAUGCAUCUUUAAACUGAUGUCACAGUAAGUGUCACCCAAAGAAUAUAAUAUUUUGAAAAAAUAUUCUCUUGUAUGUUUGACCAUAUGUGUAAAGUGCAUCUCCCAUCAUGCUCCACAAACUUACAGUUCAGAUCGCUAUAUACCACAACUUUAAAGGGAAACUCUAAUUGCAAAACUGCUCUCAUACAUUCUUUUUACAAAAAGGACGCUUUUACUUUCAGAAAAAUUUCUAAAAUGUAUCUUUACCUGCAGAACUGUGCUUUGUAGCUAAUGAAGAUCCACCCCCUUUUUGCCCAACUCGUGGUUCCUUGUUAGUGCUGAAAAUUAUUUAGUCAUAUGUUUGUCCUAAAGAGGCAUUGAGGACAAGUCUCCAGUCCAACGUAUCAAAUUGAGAUGAAUAAUUUUAUUUAGAUUUAAGGAUUUGUAUAAAAAAAUAUUUUAGGUUUGUAUUUGAAAUACGGAUUGUAAUCUCUACCUACUAAAAUAGUGACUUGCUAUGUGACUAAAAUUUUCACCUGGCUCAGCUAAAUAGUGGAUAUGGUUGGUGGGAGUUAUAUUCCACAUAUGCUGUUUAACACUGGCUUAUCACACUGUCCCAUCAGAUGCAUUUAACUAUUAUUCGCAUCAGCCAGAAUCUCACUGAUAAUUAGAGAUAUUGUAGUCCAGCAGCCCCCCUCCCUGAAAAUCUCUGCUUGGUAUCUUCUCAGAACAAUAUGUGAUCACAUACAACUGUAUUAUCAGAGCCAAAAAGCAAAUUUUUCAGGUAAUGGUUUAGGGAUGUAAGAAGUGGGUGGUACAAAACUAUUAAAAUAGAAUAGAAAUAUAUUGAAUAUAUUAACAAUAGGUGUGGAAUAUGUGGCGCUGAGUAAUUAAUGUGAACAGUAUAUUUUAGCUGCUGUUUUACACUCUACGGGUACUCCUAAAAGCCCACCAUACAAAGAUAAACACCAAAAGACGAAAAAGAUUUCUGAUCUAAUGGGUGUUACCACCCCUUAGGUCAUCUAUCUUUAUGAGUGCAGCGCUGUGUAGUAUGUGAAAACACAGUGAAUUACCUGUGAUUCAAAGGCAAUUAUCCUUUAUAUUCUCCAAUGUAAUAUAUAUACAAAAGAAAACAGAAAUAUAUACAGAUAAUUGUGCAGUAUAUCUAUUACUUUAGUGAAGUGUUUAGUGGGUAACAUAUAUAUCUCCACUCACAUUUUUUAGAGCCUUUUCAAGUGAAUUAGGCUCUAAACUUUCGUGCGUUUGUGUCUUUAAGGGUAGAUCACACGACCCCUCUCUCCAGGUUAAGUGUGUAUUUUCCUCUCCCCAGCGUAUAUAAAGACACAGACUUAUCCAACUAAGUGUAGCAUCCUUUGUAAUAUUUUCAUAUAAAUAACAAAUUAAAGUGCUCAUCUUAUUUAGAGCGGACUAUAUUUCCCACAAAGAACCGGAGGAAAACCGGAAGUGACGCGGUAAGCGCAAAGCACUCUGGAUCUUGUAGUGCCGAAAACCGGAAGUGACGCGACGGCAUUUUAGCCGCGUCACAUGACAUAAAAAGACCCAUAAAAUUGGAAGAUGACAUUUUAAACGCUUAAAUUACAGAACAUGAAGAGGACACUCACAAGCUGACUGAGGAAGCCGUUUUUACCGGCGAAACGCGUUUUGGCUUUUAAAGUGGACUCAUUAUUUUUUCCUGAACCACCAAUACUUGCAAUAAUUUGUUCUUAUCCAAUUUUUUAUUUUCUAGAAAUAUUUUUAUACUGUUUUUAUAUACAUUGUAAUAAAUUCCCUUAUUUUAUACUAUCCACUGUAUCCAGUACCAGUGAUUCCAGGGAAGGGGCAGUGUCACCCCACAAAUUGACACUAGGCCUAUACUUAGAGCCAGUUACCAAAAGGCUCUAAAUAAGGUGAGCACUUUAAUUUGUUAUUUAUAUGAAAAUAUUACAAAAGGAUGCUACACUUAGUUGGAUAAUCCUGUGUCUUUUAUAUACGCUGGGGAGAGGAAAAUACACACUGAACCUGGAGAGAGGGGUCGUGUGAUCUACCCUUAAAGACAGAGACGCUUUCACUUGAAAAGGCUCUAAAAAAUGUGAGUGGAGAUAUAUAUGUUACCCACUAAACACUUCACUAAAGUAAUAGAUAUACUGCACAAUUAUCUGUAUAUAUUUCUGUUUUCUUUUGUAUAUAUAUUACAUUGGAGAAUAUAAAGGAUAAUUGCCUUUGAAUCACAGGUAAUUCACUGUUUUCACAUACUACACAGCGCUGCACUCAUAAAGAUAGAAGACCUAAGGGGUGGUAACACCCAUUAGAUCUGAAAUCUUUUUCGUCUUUUGGUGUUUAUCUUAGAAUAGAAAUAUGCAUUUAUUACCAUUUUUAUAUGAUAACUCCCAGCAUUGUUUUAACCACUACUAAACCUAAUGUCUACUGUGCUAUUUAGCUUAUUCAAUUAUUCCAUCUAAAUAAAGGUGUAAAUUAUCAGUGUAUUUAAUGGUAACUGGCAUGGGUGUACAUAGAUUUGUGCAUAAUGGCAUGCAAUAACCCUGUAUGACAAUACUGAUUAUUAUUUAUAAAAUUAAAAAAAUUAAAGACAUUGUAGGAUGGAGUUCACAGCACAUGCUUAGAUCCAAAUUCCAGGUAUGUAUAAGAUUUAAAGGGAUCCUAUAGUGCUAGGAAAACAAACCCGUUGUUCUGGCACUGUAGGCUCCUGGAUUGCCCUUCUCUCGCGCGUCCCACUCCCGCAUGACUGAAGGGGUUAAAACCACUUUAGCCACCUACCUGAAUCCAGUGCCAAUGUCCCUCAUCAGCCGGCAGGCAAGACCUAGUGCGCACGCGCAGCAAUUGCAGUGCGCGUUAGACCUCCCCAUAGGAAAGCAUUAUUCAAUUAUUGACACUGGAGGUCCAUGAGGAUGUCAGCGUCAGAUAACGGACCAAAAGUCCAUUUGGAUUCAAGAAGCCCUCUAGUCGCUGUCUGUUAGCCACAGAGGGCAAACUUAGAGCUGCAAUGUAGACAUUGCAGUUUCUCUGGAACUGCAAUGUUUUACAUUGCAGCACUAAGGGCAAAAGGGGCACAGCACCCAGACCACUUCAAUGAGCUGAAGUGGUCUGGGUGCCUACAGUGUCCCUUUAAUCUAUAAAUUUCCUUAUUUUGCUAGCUCACUGUUUAACUCAUUUACAGGAAGCAGAGCUUAUCCAACCAUACAUGUGAACACCUAGAUUAAUUUUAAGACCUAUCUGUCAUUUUUCUGUCUCCUCUUCCUUAAAGCAUUUGUUUUACUAUAGCUUGAAUUAGUUGGAAUUAGAAAACCUGUGAAAAUGUUACGUUUGUCCUAUCAGUUUUUGUAACUUUUUUUUUUCCUAUUCUAUUCCAGAUCCCAUUAAAACUGCUCAAGGCUCUCUGUCGCUUAAGGCUUAUCGUCUAACGCCCAAACUGAUGGAAGUCUGUAAAGAAAAAGAUUUUUCUGCUGAAGGGUAUGUGUAUUGACAUUGUGUGGAUCUUGGCAUGGUGAAGCUGUGAGGUACGAGUUGCUCGCAAAGGAUGGUUGAGAGAUUAUGCAGUGGAGAAUCACAGACCCACGCCAUGUGAAUAACUCCCUUUUUCCUCCAGUAUGCUAUACAUGCAAAAUAUAAACUAUAUGUUGAAAAAGAAUGCUUUAAACGCAUGUCAUAGUAAAAGUAUCACCUUAAGACUGUAAUAGUAUGUUAAUUUUGGAAUCUCUGUGCUACGAGAAUUGAAGGUAAAUAUGUAGAUCAGUUAGUACACUUUUUAGACAUUGUUUAAUGUAUCUCAAAUUAAUGUAAAGAGGCUUUUAGGGAGAAUAUCCAGCAAUUCAUUACCCCCCAGUUGGAUUGUCAUAAAAUGUCUUGCGUGUCCUCUUUGCAGACUGAAAAAGGCAAACGUUGCUUUCGAACACAUGUUUGAAGAAGUCCCGAUUGUAAUCAAGAACUCACAUCUCAUCAAUGUCCUGACCUGGGAGCUGGAUAGGAAGGCUCCUAUUACUGAAAAACACGAACUUCUCAGUCUGUCUAGCAGGUGAGCACUUAAUCAGCAUAAUUCAUGAUCAUGCCUUAUGUUAAGAAAAGCUCUAACCACCUUUGUUAAAGUAAAAUCCAGUUCUAAGUUUUAUCUGCUACGUACCGCCAUGUGAUAUUUUUCCAGAGGUAAAGUGGCAGCACCUAGGUUGUUACCAUGCCUCCCAUCCUAGGCAUGUAGUCUGAAAUAUUAAAAUGGAACCAUUUAAAAGGCAUCUAGACGCAAGGCUCCUAGUGUUUGUUCUCAAACAGCCUCAGACAUGUGCCUCACUUUUUAUGUUUAGAUGAUCAGUGGCGACUGGUUGAGAUAUUCCAGUUGUGGCUCCUACUGGUGAUUCAGAGUCGAAGGAUUACUCGCUGCGGGUUUCCUCUUGGCUUUUUUGGCAUUUAAAAAUAAACAUUGUAGUAAGAUAUAUGAACCGACAGUUCAAAUGCCAGUUUUUCAAUCUUUCCUUAAAGGGCUUCUUCAACACUUUUUUGAUUUAAUUAGAAUAAUUCCCUAUUAAUACUAUUCUUUCAGUCCCCCCAGAAAAGGAAGAGAGUUUGAUAAUAACUUUUGCUUACCUUUACCUGGCGAUGCACGGCAUGCCCCCAUCUGAAGUCACAGGAGCCGCAGUGAUGUUGAAUCGUAGAUUCUCAUGAUUGGGGAAUUGAAUGGGCUCAGCAGGCAUGCGAAUGCUCUGAGCCCGCAAGGGGAGGGUUAGAACAGCCGAGGGGAUAGAAAAGUGGACGCUGCGUGGGAGGGAGAGCAGACUAGGGAGACAUGUAAAAUAUGCACAUAAUUGACAUUAGUGGUUCCGGGCUGCGUCAGUCGUGUGUGCUGCUAGUGUGAAUAGCCCCUGGCUCACAACUCCAAUAUCUGGAUGUGUUCCAGGCUUCUACCACCAUGACCACUUAAAAAAGCUGAAGUGGUUUUAGUGGUUGGAGAAAUCUUUUAAGCCCAGUGCAUUUCCUGCUUCAUGUACCAGGCUCCCUUUUCCAACACAGCUCAUUUUGGGCAGUAUAUUAAAAUAAAUAGAAUUACCACAUACUUUUUCUGUGUAUCAUACUGUUUGUACCAAACUGUGAGAUAGAAAACAAAAAGGUGAAAGCAACAGGAAAAGCACAGAUCAUUCCCGUUACUACUGCAGGCAGGUCUGGGAGGGAACAAUCCGACACAUUAUCUCAUGCCUAGUGUGUGUGUGUAAGCUUGUUUAAUACUCCACCAGUUAUACUAUUACAGAGUCGAUUAACACCUUUGUUGUGAGACAUCCGUGGUCGUGCCUUCCAUAAAAAGACAUUUGUGAUAGUAAAUUUUGUUCCUGGAAUUAUGGCCAGGGUUGUGGUUUGGUCCUUGUUGACUUUGUUUUUUCACUACUUAGAAUUCUCUGCUUUGGACUAACUAAAUAUUUUGAGUUGAUGUCCAGCACUGUCUCUUCAGCUGCAGCAAGUCUGCAUAGUUUUACCUUUCUGUUCUUUUUCCCCCUCUGUUAAUAGAUCGUCCCAUCUAUAUUACAAAAAUCCUUCUGUGUAGAAGUAAAAAUUAAUUUCUCAUGUCGCCAUUUCCUAGGCAUGAUAUCUUAUCACAAAGGCCUUCUAGACUUCACCUUAUUAAUUUAUUUUCCCCCCAAUCCUUGGCAAAAUUACAGUGAUCUACCUCAGAAGUACAGCCAGCUCUGCUGACAGCUACAAAUGUGUUUCUUGAUUCAUGAAGCUUUUAUACACUAACUCAACACUGGUAUAAACCGAUGGCUGUAGUUCAGCCUAGGGCAGGCUGCUACCAUUUAUUGCUUUGUGGUUAUAGGGAAAAAAAAAAUAUAAUUCUGCCAUUCGCUUGAAGACAAAGUCACAAGAAAAAGAAAUCUAAUUUCUUCCACUUAGGUCAAUGUAUAUAUUGUAUUAAAUAGUUGUUAUGCAGCCAUUCAAGAAGCACAUUAUAUAUCUUCUUAUUGGCUCUGAAAACUUUAGAUUGUGCUCAUUUCCUGUGGAGCCCAGGAAUGAAAUGUACGGCAGAGCGAAGGGAUAUUCAGAACGAAGGUGUUACAGUUGAGCUGAUCCAGUAACGAUAUAAAACAGAGCUAAUAUAAUGUCAUGCUACACGCUAUAAACUCUUAAUGUCUGGAUCUGUGCAUUAUAGUUAAUGGAGAACGUAUGCUUGCUUCCCAUACAGUAUUUCCGGGGAAGGCUAUGAAAAAGCUUUUUCUGACAGUAUGCAUCUUUUGUUUGCUGUUAUCCAUUCAUUUGCAGCCCUAGUACUUAAAAAGGUUAACCCACAGGACAGAAUACAUAUUAGAUUCUUUUAUUGUAUGUUUGUUCUCGGCUGCUACUACACCAUCCUCCCCACCCCCGCUUAUACACCAACUGUAGCUUUAAAGAUUUUAAAAUACAAUUUAUUGUAGUUGUAAUAAUGCAAGGAGUCUUUAGAUGCGGUUCCUCCAUUUCCUGUUUCACUUUUUUGAGCUGUUUGGUAAAAACUGGAGGUCCCUUGGCUUUUCUCAUACCACAAUCUAGCCACAAAGGUUCACUUCUGCACUGCAUAUAAAAGUCUUUCCAUGUGAUAAGUUAUUAGUUCUGAGCUAAGCUGCAUCACAGCUUAUUGCCUUUCACAAACUUCUGCAUGAUGUCAGCGAUUGCUGCAAUGUUCCCAGUUUUUAGCAAGCCAAAGGCUUAUUGGACCACGAUGAGCUGUGGUUGGUAUGGUGCUCCUUGUUUCUUUAAGUCAACUUCCAGACUUGUAGAAAAAUUAUAGGCUUUAUGUCGUAUUUUAAACUUGCACUGCCUUGAGCUGUAACAUGCUUCUCUGGGCUAAUAACCAAAUCACUUGUGUUUUAUGUGCACUGAGCCGAGGCAGUUAAAUUAACAUUCUCAUCUGCUACGUAUAAUUCAUAUAUUUUUUAUUAUUUGUAAAACACUCACAGAUCCGACUGCUGUGAACAAACUGGGUAGCGUUCACAUUUGUAUCGUAUUGACAGUGCGCAGAAUGUUUUCUAGAGUAAAUGUUUGUGUUUUUUUAUUUUUAUUGUAGUCUUACAUUUAGUACAUACUUUUAUUCAUAUCUAAAGCAAAAACAGUCCUAGCUACACUAUUUAUAAACAAAUUAGUUUAUAUAAAUACAUAUAGCCAUGAGUUUCAGAAUAUAAAGGUACCUCCAUACUGUGGUAUACAUAUUCAUGUACUAGCAUAUACAGCAUAUAGUUUACUUAUAUCCCAGUAUGAUGAAUGUGAUGUAUCACCUAGCGCAGGGGUCAGCAACCUAUGGCACAUGUGCCGCUUUUGCAUGACACUCAAGGCUGCCAGAGACGCAGACUAUGACCUAUCGGGAGACCCGGUGGGACUUCAGAUGUCUGCUAGUGCAAACCGAGUGAAAACCCUGAAUGCUCGUUGAGCAUCAUGGAAACAUCUUGGAUGCCAGUUAGCCAUCACCUUUCUAUAAAGUUCCCAAAUAUAUGCAUUAUGUACUAUUUGUAUUGCAUCUUCAUGAUGUCCUCUCUGAGAUGUGUUCAUACAUAAAUGCAUGUAUGUGCUGCUCCAUCUGCAUAAUUUGUUAUGUGUCUGCAUUUUUUGUACAUUCUCUGUUUGUCAUGACUACUAUCAGAGCUGACUUGGAAAUGACAAUGCAAGACACACGCCCUGCAUUAUAGAUCUUUUAUAAACAAACAAGCAGGCAUAAGUUCUCUUUCCUUUCUGCGUGCGCAUGUACUCGAGGGGCAAUUAAGAGGUAUUUGAUCUUCCAUAAAGUACAAUGUAUCUCCAGCAGAGAAUGCAUGAGAGAGACAUUUCCAGAAUCAAAAUCCCACGCACAAAGAAAUAUCCAAAUAACACACAUUGCCCAGGAAAUGACGAAAGAGACAAAAUUGUAUGGCGUUUAGAUGUGUUUUUUUUUUUUUUUUAAAGCAAUUGUUACUAGAAAGUUAGAGUGAAGUUUGUAUUUUAGACCCAACAGUGAAUCCAUGUGUUAUGAAAAAUUACAAUGGCGGGCUUCUGGAAGUAUUGCAAACCACAUAAACUAAUGUAUAGCAAAAAUGGCAUAUAACACACACGUCCAUGUUUGUUCUAAUUUUGAGUUUGUUUCACAACAGCUGUAAUGCCAGUGACUGUUCUGUGCUUAUGUUGCAGUUGUGGAAUGCAACACACCUAAUCCAAUUGAUUUUCUCUCCAGGCAUAAAGGGACAAAUAUACUCCAUGCUGCCUGAGAUUGAUGGGAGUUACCCUCCUAGGCAACAACUGCAACAUACAAAUUCUGUCUGAUACUCCCUUCAAUUUCAGACUGCUAGGGACCUGUAUGGCUCAUUGUGUAUAGGAUUUGAAAAUUAUUUGCUUUGAAGAAAAAUAAGUAAUUUUUACUAUUGGUUAGCGUAAUUGGCACUUUUAAAUAGAUCUAUAUUCUGUUACAUAUACAGUUAUACAUUAUUUCAGGUAAUUGUGCGGUUGCAGGUUAAGCAUUUAUGGUAUUACUGUCGCAUGCUGCUCUUAUUUGAGCGCUGUUUUUCUUUUAAUGGUUGCCCAAUGUACAUCAAUGAACCCACAUAUUACACACUUAGCAGCACACUAAGAAUCAGGAUCACAUAAUAUUCUGCAAAUGUUAAAACUGAUUUUUAUUUUAUUCAGCUUAAAACUUCACUCCUACGAAACGAAAACCUCCUUUUCUUGUUUAUGACAGAGCAUGCUUUCUGUGGCCUCCUUAUCCCUUCCCAAAUUUCCCCAGUAUUAAGGUUAGCCCUCUGGGCUGGCUGAGCUUGAUGAGAACCUAGCUGUUAAAUCUCUGCAGAGUCACAUAUAUAAACAGUGACCCGAGGACCUCAUUAUCAUGUCUAGCGCUGUUUUGUGUUUUAUGCACUUCAGGUAUGUAUUGAGGUUUAUUUAGCAGACUGUGUAAAAUGGAAACUCAUUAUGGUUGAGGAAAUUUAAAAUGAGAACAGACAGUCUAAUAGAGAAUUCGAAGUCCAGUGCCCAAUUUCCAAAUUAACUAAAACUCCAUACUACAUGUGCAGUUUCUGUUUUUAUUGUAUUAAAAACAUGUUUUGUUCUGAAUUGAACACAAUAUACUUUUUUUAUGAACAAAUGCUUUUAAAAUACAAGAAAGAAUGACAAAACUAAUCUGAUUACAUAUACAUAUUCAUGUAUGUGUAACUCGCUCUCAUGAAACACAUUUGUUGUUUAUCAUCCUCAGAUUUAUUAACAAACGUUUCAUGAUUUUAUUUUUUUAUAUUCUGACGUAUAUUACUUUAGAGGAAAAAGGGUUUUGGACACACUAUUACGUUUGCUACGGAGUAAUUGAAUUGAGCAAAGGAAAAUCAUUAUUGCGCAAGAUUCGUAUGGCAAUCAAAUCCAUUUUUAUUGAAACCAUAUGGACAUGUUUGCAGAAAAAUGGUUUUCCUUUAAGUGGAUAGGUUAUUUAUUUUUAUUUUUUUUAAGCAUGACACUAGUGUUAGGAGGACUAACCACGGCUAAAGGAAGGCUGAGAAUCAUGGGAAAUUUAGUUCAUAAUAAUUUAGGUUGCCAGUUGGCCAUUAGGUAGUGUAACUACUCCUCCCCCUCCCCUCCCGCCCCCCUACAGGCAAAGUCUACAUUUAAUUGUCUUCCUUUCAAUUUAUUUGCAGCUCCUCAUGCUUACCUCUGUGCCCUAAGAAACAUAAUCUUGGUCAGACAGUGCUAACAAUAUACCUUUAUGGUCUCUUUCACUAAACCUGGGCUGCCCAAUAGGUCCCCAGAUGUUGUAGAACUACAACUUAUGGGAUUUGUAGUUCUACAACAACUGGGGAUCUAACUAUUGGGCAGCCCUGCACUAAACUGAGCUGAGAAAAUUUAGGCCACAGUUGAAGGGUGUUAAAAAUAAUCUAAUUUUGGACAUUUUUUCUUUUGUUUACAACUCUGCUUUUUACUUGCCACAGCUAACAGUUGGUAAACCAUAAAGACGCCAGAUCUGUGGGAGUAAGCAGCUAAUCAGUUGUCUCGAGGAGGAAGGGGGGCGUCCAAAUGAACUGUCUGCCAAAGGGCUACAUUUUAUUUUAUUUUACUGCCCCAUUCCAUCUAUUGCCACUUGCUACAUGCAGCCUUGAUUCGCUUUUCUGUGAAGUUCUAUAGUUCCUUUCACACGCUGCUUGCAAACAAGUUCUAAAAACCACGUUUAUAAAAGCAGAAGCAUUUAAUGCUUGAAAGGGUUAAUAUUUAUUGUGAGAAGGUGCAGUGUAAUGUUUUAUUGCAAGCAGAGCAUCUUCAUAGCAUUUACUGGUGUAGAAUUUAUUUGCGGUGAGCUUCCAAGUUAAAUGUUCAACAAGCAUUCUAAACAAAUGAUCUGGCAUUGGUUAAUUAUUCUUCCAAAGAAACUGGGGAAUAUACAUAUAUAUUAUUUAUUUAAUAUGGAUAGGUUUUUUUUUUUUUUUUUGCAAAGUAAAAACAAUGAUUGGAGAAAUCUGGCGCAGCCUGUUCCUUUUCAUUGAAGAAACAGGGGGAGUGUCACACCAUUGAAAAUCUGUGGAAAAACUGCCUGCGCACUUGGAUCAUACUUAUCAGUUACUUCAUGUCUCGGAGCACAUCUGUUUAAGUUAUCUGUUUCUAGUUCCCCGUUUCCCCGGCGACCCAAGCAAACACUACAUUACUGCAGUGCUGAACAAUAAGUCCCUGUUUCAGCGUUUCUGUGCAGAAUUCCCAGAGAUUCACAUAAAGUCCGUUCAAGCAACUCAUUUUGUUUCAGUGUUUGGUGUCGUAAAAAGAGGAGAAAAGUGAUCCAAGACUGCAGUACACAUGGGGAAUUUGAAGUCCCCGUUCUGGUCCUCUUGGCUUGUACCAUGUCACUUUAUCAUGACACACUGUACUGAACUCAAUGUUAGAUUAAGCACGUUAGAAAACGAGUGAAAAUGGCAAAAGCAGCAGCCCUAAAGCAAAAUUCAAGUAGCAAUGGGAAUGCCAGAUGUAUUCUAUGAACAAACAGAGAAUUUCUCCAAUUCUCGAUAUACUACAGUUCCCAUGAUUCUCUGCAUAGUAGAAACAUAGAAUGUGACGGCAGAUAAGAACCAAUUGGCCCAUCUAGUCUGCCCAAUUUUCUAAAUACUUUCAUUAGUCCCUAGUCUUAUAUAGUCUGGACACAGCAUGGAUAUUCUUAUCUCUAAAGGCAUAUUAUGGAUGGCUGACAGUCACAGGGAUUGUAGUUGGAUAGCUAUUCAUAUUUUAAUUAAUACAAAUAUGCAAAAAGUCCUGCGCUCAAACUCCCACUUCCUGGGAGGCAGCAAUAACUACAACAAAUACAAUAAAAACCAAAGAAAAAUUACUUGCGCACUAUCCUAAAUCCCUAUACACAUUUAAAUAAUUGGAGGUUUUCAGUAUCACUGUAAUGGCCAUUAAAGUGUAAGCUCACCUGCCACGUCAAGGCAAACCUCUCCUACGCUAACAAUUCACCCUGCAUGUUUCAGCUUCAGGUAAAAACAUCUGACACUGGAAAAAAAAAAAAAGAGACCCUUAAUAGGGAACACGUGGGGUGAGCGGCAGCAUUGUAAAAUGGAUGUAUAAUACAAAAGCAAAUAAAAAUAAGUCCUGCGCUCAAACUCCCACUACUCCUGGGUGGCAACAGUGACUAUAGUACACAUCAACCCCAUUAUCCAUUACAAAUAACAAUUUUUCCUUUCCAGUAAAAUAGAUAAAUGCAUAAUUGUAGCAAAAGUUCUGUAUUGACAAUGAUUCCAACAGGUACUGUGAUGCCCUUUGCCAGCAUGGUACCAAUUGUACAGAGUUUGUUCCAAUAAGCCCAAGAAGGGUUUGGAGAAUGUUUCCUGUCAAAGUUUCUGUGAACCCAGCAACAUUAAAGUGGCAAACUGGGUAUUAGUUAUGGUAUGUGGUAAAAAAAAAAGGAAAAUACAGUGUUCCACUCAUCCACAGGUAAAGCCAACUGAAUGCUUGUCAGAUACAAUUUAUGUUCCUUAUUGGAUUUUAUUUAUAGUUUGCUGUUUCUUGAGAACCACUGAAAGACAACCAGCGGUUUGAUUGACUAUUUUUUUUUUUUUUUUUAAAGUAUCUCUUCAUUGAUUUGAUGUUCAGCUGGGUGCUAAAAAGUAGCCUCUCAUAUAUGCUUGUUUCACUCCAUAUAGUAUCUAAAGCUUCUAAUCUAUUUUUUAGUGGUCAUUUUCAUUAAGUGCUGUUCACUGCAACUCCAUUUACGCAUUGGUACUGUAUAGUGUACCGUUUAUCUGAAUGGCAUUCAUUACUCAAGUGGCUGACUGUAAUUUACUUGCCUCCUCUUUUGUGAUCACCCAUCAGAUAUAUUUCAGGCAUACUUACAUUCUCUCUCAUUACAUAGCAAUCAUCUGGAGAAGAGCCUUCAACUCCUCAUGGACAGGGUGGAUGAAAUGAGCCAGGACAUUGUAAAAUUCAAUACAUACCUGAGGAAUGCAAGCAAGCAAACACAACAGAAAAAUCAGGUAGGUUUUAUCAUCUGGAAAAGUGCACAUAGCAGGAGAUGGGAGUCAGGUGCUGUUGUUCAUAUCGUGAGGGAGACCGUAACUCAUAGUUGUGUGAGAAUGUCAAAGCACAUCUUCUUCAAGAGGCUGACUGAACUAUUAAAGAGCAACGAAAGUCUGAAAUGUUUCCUAUUUUAUUAGAGAAAAUAGAUUUCACAAUUUUAGCAACACUUGGAAAAUAACUUUUUAUGUAUAAAAAAAAUAGAGCAUGUUAUAUCAUAGUUUAUCGGUGACGGACUGUAUAUGCCAGAAUGCCUCAUAUUAGUAAUAAUUAGUGAUGUCCCGAACCGUUCGCCGCGGACGGCGAACAUAUGACCCUGUACCUCACAGUCAGCAGACACAUUCCAGCCAAUCAGCAGCAGACCCUCCCUCCCAGACCCUCCCACCUCCUGGACAGCAUCCAUUUUGAAGCUGCAUUCUUAGUGAGCUGUCCAUGAGGUGGGAGGGUCUGCUGCUGAUUGGCUGGAAUGUGUCUGCUGACUGUGAGGUACAGGGUCAUAUGUUCGCUGUCCGCGGCGAACCGUUCGGGACAUCACUAGUAGUAAUAUAUUUAUUUUGCAUACUAUGUGGUAUUCAGCGAUAUAUGGUCUAGAAAUGUUACUCACUGUUCCCUAAGUAAGAGAUUCCUAAUUUUUCCAUAACAGACUAUUUGUCUUGCUGAAGGAGAAUUCACCUAAAUAUGGUUAAUUAAAACAAAUCCAUCCCAGAAAACAUUGUGACAUUGCUUCGGAGGCAAGCUGAAAAGCAGCAUUAAGUGUGUUCUCCAUGUUAUCUUCUGCAGAAUAUCGCUCACAAGAACAUAAUUUUAUCGUAUGAAACCAGAGGAAAAAAGUUCAGCCUUGCAGGCUUCAUUUACUUCUAAUUGCUUUGGCUUUGCUUCAUUACAACAUAGUUAAUGUCCCCAGCGUCAAUUAAAUAUAUCCGUAUUUGUGCUCAAGAGCAAUUCAUUUCAACUUGAAACGUAUUUGCAUUUAUUUAUUUUACAAGAGUUUAAAGGAAUCUACAUAUGUAACAUAUCCAACAGAUCAAAGGAACUUGGCAGACGUUUAUACUUCAAUUACCUUUCAGUGUCCAGCAAAAUAAUUAGAUUUUAUCCAAGUCCUCAAUGGCAAUGAUCAAGUCACUUUCCCUUUAGGCUAGGUACUUGAUACAGUUUGUAUAUAUUUUUUUAAUUACAGAGCAAUUUGGUCAUUGUUGGUGCUGUAGACCACCCAAGUCUAUCUAGCUGGGAUUAUUAGUCGAAUGUUAAAUGGGCGAAUAAUUGAAAGUUCUUACUACAGUGUGCUUUAGUAAUGAAGACCAAUGUUGCCAAACGGUUUGACCUAUUACUUGUGGUUGGGCACUGUUCUGUGCCUUCUGACGGAAGCUCUCAGCUCUUAGAUAAGCAUGGUGAUGCAGGGCUUAGCACUAUGACUGAGAGUGAUCAGCGGACACACACAACCAAUUAGCUGGCCCUCUACUGCAGGAGCUUCUGGCUCUCACUUCCUUCUUCGAAGAGGCACCAGGCAGACCAAAGGUAAGAAGUCAAACCGUUGCCAAGUUGUUUGACUACUAACAUUGGCGAGGAAGAGUGGGACCAUGGCUUUCUGGUAUCAUAACCAAUACAGCACACUACAGUGGUUAUGGUGCUGGCUAUGUUCUUUUAAAAGCUCUCCUUAUGCUAUUGGUUCAAAUUAGAUUGCUAUGAUUUUACUCCCACCAAAUGCCAAUUUUGUGCAGAUAUGACCUUAGAAGGUACCCAUGUCUGCUCCCACAUUUGAGGGCUUUUACUUUAUUAAUGGACACCACUGAAAAGCUCUCUAAUCACCUGAGGCACAAACCAGAAAGUUUAAAUUAGUUUUGUGUACAGCAAAACUUAACGUGUCUCACCAGAAAAUAAUUCCAUAACCUAUGUUUUGUGGUUUGGAAGGAUAAAAUAUUCAAGUAAUAGGCUACCAUCUGUGAAAAACCUCUGCAUAUGAUGCAUAGAAUAUUGAAAAUCAACAUUAAUACUUUGCUUCAUUGACCAGGUGUUGAUAAAGGUCCCAUAGGUCCUCACACUAGUAAUUUUUUCCUGCUAAUUCCUGUCAAAUACACGUAUAUUUUAUUGGCUCCUCCAAUAAGAUAGAUUUCAUUGAGCAUGCAAUAAUCAUUUAUAGUUUUUUAAAUUUUUAUAAAACCUAUUUUAUGGCAGCCUGCAAAGCUUAGUAAUGUUAAAAUUGCUCCAGGAGCAGACGAGUACAUUUAAAUUCUUGUUGAAGGUAAUUAAAAGAUCAAACUUAAUUUUGUAAAGGUGAAAGAAAAUGUUGCUGUUCUCUGAGCUGGAAGAUGUGAUCCGCACAGAUUACCCUGAUUACCCUGUGCUGCUUGUGCUUGUGCAACCAUUUGCCUAUAAGCAUUUUUAAGAUCUCCCCUCCUUCUGUGUAAAACACUUAUGUUUCUGUCAUACAGUUGAAAUAAAGGGAACAUCGUAAUAAAAUUUUUAUGCUUUAUUCUUUAAAUAUUUCUUAAAUCUUCAGUAUAUAAUUGUAAUUUAAUCUGAUUAUUAAUGGUUUCUAGUACCAGCAAAGGCGACAACAAGAAAACAUUCAGCGUCAAAGUCGUGGAGAGCCACCGCUACCUGAAGAAGAUGUUAGCAAAAUGUUUAAGCCUCCUUCACAACCGCCAAGAAUGGAUUCACUUCUGAUUGCAGGUAGGAUUACCAGCAGAUUAAUACCAGUUCCUUAUCAAUUAGCAGUAUGUGUUCUUUUCACUUUCAUCCAUACACAAAGUGCCAGGAGAACAAAUUAUUUAAACAAUGGAGAUCUUGUGAAGAAGCUGAUAUACUUACAGUUCAGUGUCUACGCCACAUAGUAGAUGAGAUCCAGCGCACUCACUCAUACACAACUUCAAAGCUCACAGAUUUAAAUUUUUUUUAAAGCACCUAAUCUUGGCAAAACCAAUGGAAGUUUAGUUACAGUAUAUGGCCUGCCACAGUGUCAAUGUACCCCAUUUGUAUCAUGUCCUCUAAAAACUUAAUGCCUGCUUGUAUGAGAUUACUUGGGUUUAUUUAUAUUAACCCUUUGAAAGCCACAGGGUUAGAGGGGCCUUACAGUGUAAUAAAGCUUUGUGUUGUUAACACUAUGUUAAUUUAAUGUAUUCAGGACUGUGAUGUAUGCAUACAUUAUAAUACAUAUGCAUUCAAAUAAGAGCUGUGCACUAUUAAUUUGCACAAGGAGGCAGUGCUUCCCCAUUUUUCUCUACUGCAAUAUUUAAUAUUUUCCUUUGGUAUACAGUGAGAAUGAUUAUCAGACUCCUGAGACUCUGUACCAAAUCUGGAUUACAUUUUUUGUCCUCCUAAUUGCAACUUAAUUGUAUAUAAUGGUUAAGGAAAGUAUGCAGAAUCAUAUGUAAGGCAGGCUUCUGCAAUAGACAGAGCAUAAUAUUUUUCAAUGCAUUAAUUCAUUCAGCUAAUGCUCUUUCAGUUUGCCAGACAGACAAUGGUGAAUACUGAUUAUUGCUCAAUUAUUUACUCUCUUCCUUCAUGGAAGGAAUCCAGGGUGAAAAUAUGCUAUUUAUUAGGCCCAUAUCCUCCCUCAAGCUUCAGUUAUUAUGGCUAAAUAAGAAGAGCAUUGCAGAUACGCAAAUGAAAUUGCUUGCACAUGAUCCUCUGUAAGGUCCGCGAUUCAUUUUCUACUUGGAUAGCUGCUGUGCUAUGAUUCGAAUUGUUCAGGGAGGAUUUCUUUUUUUUUUUUCUUCUUUUUGACAAUUUAUAUUCAGCGACAAUAAGUAUAAAACAGAUUUCAACUGCAGAGACUUUCUUACCCAGACGUUUACAAGGAAUAACAAAAAGCACAAUUAUAUACCACACAUUUCAUGUACCUGAGAGACCCAGCAAUGCACUGGGAGGGAAAUAAAAACAAUUACUUUCCUGUAAUUACAUUUUGCAUUUACAUCCCGGGCUCCAUAAUGGAACGUACAGCAUAGCCGUGACCUUUUCGACACUGUUAGUACAGAUGGUGGUAUUCUGAUCUCACAGGUUUUGUAUGUAUAUUUCUUGUUUUUGUUUUUAAAAAUAAAAACUAACACCUUGAUUCCUAAGUGGUGUGCUGUAAUCUAAUAAGGGGUGUAGAUAAGUACAUGAUUUGUUUAAAUAUUAAAACUACAGGAGAAUAUUAAUUCUAAUUAAUUGACUUUUUAAAUUUACUUUGUUUUCAAACCUUUUUUUAAAUUGCUUGACUCUCUCAUUAUCCUUUUAUUUGUCCUGUACCCUGUAAUGUACCGUUUGCGUAGUCUAUGCAUAUAAAAACUUUACAUAGAAUUAUUACUAGGAAACUAUUACUAUUAUAAAUUACUAUUCCAACGUGAAUAGUACCCAUGAAGGGACACUUGAGGAUCUGAACUUGAAGUGGUCAUAAUGGCUGGACACUCCUGGUGCCAUUCUUUCAUUUAGUGUUUUACCCUUUUUGAUGUUUAAAUGCUAACAGAGUCCCCAGCAGCCCAUGCCCUCUGUGCUUCUUGGGCCAAGGAGGAAGACUUGGAGGAGUAUGUCAGCUGGUUUAUUUCAGCCUAUGAGAGUACCUAUUGCUGGUAUAAAGUGGUAUGGCUAGAAGAAUGUGUGUAAUCUCCUUUGCCAUCACUCCAGUAGUAAUGCAUGUGCAUUUGUAGAUUCAUCCUGCAUAGAACCACUGUCUCUUUGUUAUUAAAAAUAAAAAAGUUUUUAAAAAUACAUCAAAUAGAAAGAGGUUCUAAGCUAGUCAAAUGAAUUAAUUGUCAAAUGAAUCAACACAUGUCUAUUUAAUACUGAAUGGAGAAACGGCACCGGUGGACUCAUUGCAAUAAAUUCAGUGAGAUGAAAUGGUCAUACUGCCUACAGUGUCCCACAAAUAUUGCAAUCAUCCCAUGAUACACUCCUAAAAAUGUCUUAAAUUCAUGUAAUAUUGUUUUAAUUGGUUUUUCUCAAGGAAACACUCCGUUCUGCACACAAUAAACUGCAUAUACUGCUUCUCGUAGCGCCAUGUUUAACAGGAUGUUGAAACCAUGAUUUUGUCAACACUUUUAAUUUGAGAAAUGUUUUCUUUUCCUCACAGGUCAAAUUAACACUUAUAUCCAGAACAUCAAGGAAUUCACCUCUCAAAAUAUGGGCAAACUGUUCAUGGCAGAAGCACUGCAAAAUCAAGCCAACUGAAUCCAUCGUAGAAGCAUUUUUUUUUUUUGAAGAUUAAAGAAAUAAAUUAUGAGAUGUCAUGACAAAUUAUACGAAUUCUAGAAAAUAAAAUGUUAACAUCCUCGUA